UAUAAGAGGCAGGUCACUGGGAGCCACUGUGACCGGUGGCAUCUGCACAGCUGGGUUAGGGGAGGAGCGAGCCCGGAACCGACUGUACAUCUUGCUGCACGGAGCCUCUCAGCCAUGGCAGGUAAGUCACAGCGUUAUUCACAACUUGGGAAUCCCUGACCUUUCUCAUUAGGGUCAGAGCGCUAGCCACUGCAGCUGGCAGAGGAUGCUGAACUUAGUAAUGGACGGUAGUCUAGUGCAGGGGUAGGCAACCAUAGGCACCUCUGAUGUUAUGGACUACAUCCCCUAUAAUGCUUGCAAGAGCAUCAGGGGCGAUGCAGUCCAAAACAUCUGGAGUGCCUAAGGUUGCCUAUCCCUGGCAGUGAAACUCACUGUGCCUAUGUAUAACCAUUGACCUCUGAGUGCUAUUGGGAAUAUAGCUUGAAUGCAUGAAUCUAUAGGGGCUCCAUCACAUUCCCCCCCCCCACCCCCACCCCCGUGUGACCUUCACCUGCACAUCAGCGGUGUUUAUCCCCUGGAAGAACUUUAAACCUUAUCUGUGACGUUUUAUAUGCACCUUGACACUGAGAACCUAAUUAUUACAUUGCAACCAUUGCACCUUAUUUAUGGCGUGCUAUACGGACCUUUAGUUUGAUGCACUAUGUAGACCUUGUUCUAUAUUGCACCUUAUCAUCUCCUUCCUCUUCCUUACACGGGGCUGACGUUACAUACACUAGCAGAGCGAUGGCUUCCAGUGAGCGAGUGAAAGUGAUAUGUUGUAUGUUCCUGCACCUAUCUGCAGGGUUACUUGAAUUUACAGUCACUUGCUCGAUGCUGUUAACCACAUAUUUAGCUGCAACAGGACAUGAUGAUGCAGUAAGUUGGGAGGAGUGGGGGCGAAUCGGUCUUAAGCAUUAAGGUGCAGAUGUGACAUGGUAGUGAUGGUAACUACUUAAAACUAGAAUAAAAAAUCUUAAAGGAUUAGAGAGACUUGCUCAUAAAGCACUGUAAACACAACAUUUAUUACAUUUAAUUACAUUAAGUUUUUUUUUUUUUUUUUGUUUCAUUCGGUUUUGUAUGUUUUAUUCAUUGAGCAUGGAUGUUAAGUGUCUGUUAUAAUAAAACCCUAGGCUAGUAAUGGGGACAGAGCUCACUCCUAUCCAUGUUAUAUUAUUGAUCUGACAUAUUUCAUGACUACUGUAACCGCAGAUGUGCCCAGAAAGAUGUUUUGUGUACAAAGAAAAAACAAUGUUUUUGUGGCACACGGAUUAUUUUUUUCCCAUUAUAGCUCGGGAUGGUAGAAGCUAAAAAGCUACAAGAUAAAACUUGUCAGUCUGUGUUAUCAUUGGGAAACUCACUGUCCUGGAAACUAGACCCAAAUCUGGCAACGUAACAAGUGGUUUCAUGGAGAUCUGCCACUAGGCCUCCCCACAUAGUUUGUUCUAUUUAUGGCUCAUAGGGUAUCUCGCUUGGGAAAUCAGAGUGUGGCUGUGACAGGCCAAAUUUUUUUUACCAGCAUGUUAUGAGCUCCUUGCAAUUUCACAGAAAAUCAUGUGGCAUGCUUAGACUGGAACAAGAACUGCACAUUAGGGUUAUUCCCUAAAAUGAGAAUUAUGCAACAUUGACUAAUAAAUGGCACAUUCUAGCACAAAAUCUAAAAUGUUUAAACUUCUUGUCCAUUCUUGAUCGUUCUCAUUUUAGUAAAUAAACCUACUGGUAAUUGAUUUAAAAUAUGAAUGCACAUGUGGAUACAAGCACUUUAUAUAUUAAAAUAAACUUUGUGAUGGCCCCUGUGACAGAACACCCAUACUCUAACUGAGUACCUCCUCCAAGCCAGCUUCCUAGCUGCUUUCAAGGAAACUGGAGCACUUCAGACCCAGUCGUCGAAGCAUGACUGGGGUUACGGAGGACCUCCUCCACCAGAUCAGGCUGCAGUAUAUAGCAAUGGAGACCCUUUUUCCUGUAGAGCAGUGAUUAAAGCUUUACUGUAGCCUUUCUCCUACACAUUAGAGGAAUCUGAAUAUAGGGGAUAGAAUUAAUCUUUAUUUAAUGCACGCAGAUAUUUUUAUGUGACAAUGCAGACUCUCCCUGCAGGGGGUCUUUCAUAAAAUAGAAUAUACAGCAAGUGUCCCUCCCCUCGCCUCUCUGUCUGGGCAUUUAAUGAUGUUAUCACCAGCUAACUCAAUUGGCUCCCUGCUGUGCCUUCACAGUCCUAAAGGUACAGCAUACAAAAUGGUUACCAGAACCCCCUUUUCCUGGACUGUACCCCCUGAAAAGCUAGUCACUUAGCGCCCUAAUUGGAAAAUCCAUGCCCAAGAGACAGCGUGUUAAAGUUUGACCAGGUUGUGGCUAUUUUCCGAUCCGGUGAGUUCCAGGCGUGUGGCGGCUUAGUCCUGGUCUUCAAAAAGGGGUUCCUGGACCUCUCGGGAGGAGAGUGCUUUCAAGCCCCAGGUAUCCUCCAAUGCCUCCAUGCAUCCCCAACUUCCUGGCCAAAUAGCACUCUCUUUGGAGGUCAGAGGUCUGAGCAAUACCUAUUUAAAACAUGACCGGACCUCAGCACAAUCCCAGUCCGACAUACAGUUCCAGGUUGUUUCAGGGUAUAUCCCGGUCAUGCGCUUGAAGUUUAAAAUGAGUUCAGGCGAUCCUCAGAGGUCCUCAAGUCCUUCUGGGAAGCAAAAUAAGUGUCCCCUUUUAGGGCCUCUUGGGACCAGGCCCAUAUUCUUUUCCAAAAGGCUGUUGCACAGGAGCUUCUGUCACAACCCCCAUGUUUAUUUAUUUUGAGAAUUAUAUUUAGGCUUUCAGUUAUUUAAAAUUACUUGCAAACUUCUUCAGCCUAAUUUUUGAUAUUUGACAUAAAUAAAUGGCUGCUCUCAGCUGUGUAUUUCAUGUCGAAGAAUGUCUGUCAAUCUGUGUUUGCUAUAACUUUUCCUUUUAAUGAUUUAAAGUUUUUCAGUACUACCACCAAUACCUACUUUCCUGUACAUAUACUGUGGCAAGAAGGCUUGUGACAAAGAAACCAUGCUCUCAAUGUUUGGGGCCUUGUGCACUCAAUUCCAGCAGACACACCAGUUACAUAGAUUGUUGCCACUGCUUGGGCAAAUCAUAGCCCUUGGCAAGCGUUAUGUUUACCAUUUGGCACAGUGCAGUCACACUUUCAUGGCUAGCUUCACACAUAAGAUAAAAAACUGUUCAUACAACUUAUAUAUGAGUAGGUAGCCACAGUGUGUACUUUUUAAGGUAAAAUAAUUGUAUUGCCAGUUGACAGAAAGGGCUACCAUCUUCCUCAUACUUGUUUUAAAGUCCUCGAAGCUCAGGACUUUAAGUCCCAAUGGGACUAUGUUAUGACUACACACUCUUCCAGGUGGCUGGACAUCUCCACCAAAAAGUGUCAACUGUCAAAGGCAUCCACAACCAAGAUAACCUUCAGAAGGGUAGUACUAACGAUUACCUAAACUAUUUUGACCUUGCAAGCAAAUGUUUUAGGCCUUGAAUCAAUGAUUGUGUGCUUAUAUCCUGCCUACAAACAAUUGAUCUUGCUUCAGCUAAUAACAUUAAUGUGUAGUAGGCUGUGGCAAAACUGAUGGUACAACUAAUAACAUUAACAUUAAAUAGAUUGUGGUAUAACUGAUCGUACAAAUGCGAUAAAAGGAACAGAAAUGCUUGUAAAAGAUUGGCUGAGUUUUGUUAUAUCUCCUGUUAUGUUUUACCAACUUCUGUUAUACACCACCUUUUACAUGAAGAUGAUGUUUUGGAACACGGUAAUGUUACAAAGAAAUACAAUUCUUUUUAACUUUAGAGUACUCCUUUUUAGUUUUUAUUACUUUGUGUAAAAAAUAAAACCAAACAUAAAACUUACCUGGAAUCCAGCACCAAGACAGUCUGCUCACUGCAGCUCGAUCUUUUCACAAUGAGAUAAUCAAUUUUGAUGAUCUCAGGACCAAUCAGAUGCUUCUCAUAGAUUGAGGACCUACUGCACAUGUGUGGCAGUUACUGCAAUCUGCCAGUCCAAUGCUUCUUAUUAGAGAAAACGGACAGUGUUUAUGCACCAACACCAAAACAUUAUUUUGGUGCUUAGAAUAUUACUUUACAAUUAUGUUUGUUUUCUCUGUAUCUUAUUACCAGCUGUUACUUUAUCUGAUGUUGAUGUUCCAUCCAAUGUUUCCUAUUUUUAGUUUUAAGCUGUCAACCUGUGCCAGUUUGAUCUCUAUUCUCAACAAUGUUUCCAUUCCAAUACUGAUCCAGAUCUUUCGAGGACUUAAAACGUCCAGAGCAGGUUUUACGAGAACACUGUAACUCAAUACAUUAUCUGUUCAUGUAACCUAUACAAGGUAUCCUGUCUUGUAAUUGAGGUAUAUUUUUAAACAAAUAUAAUAAACAUGGCCUAAGCAUGCAGCCAUUAGUGUCAUCUGCUUAAAUACAGACACAGAUUAAAUUCAGAAAAAUACUGCCCAUUGUAUAAAUAUUCUGCUAUUUUGAGGAUAUUUGCAAAUUAAAAGGUAUUUUUUCCUUUCAUUUUUUGUACCAACAUUAAUACCAAGCUCAAUGACUAUAAACUAACUUAGCUGAUUUUAUUGACACUGUUAUAAUAAUGUCUCGAUUAACCUUGAGUGAUCCUCUUCGCAGGAGUUUCCUUCAUUCAUGGAGUAUGGUUACAUUUAUUUUUGGUAUACACUCUCCGUACACCUGUGAUAUGUGAGGCUGUAUGCCAUCGUACCGUGACGUUUCUUGACCUGGUUCCUCCUUGCCUGCUGCUUGUUUACUACAUGUUCAUUCAGUAAGCUACUACUAGUAAAACUGCAACGACUAGUAAAAUUACAGCUCUGGGGUAUUUGUUGGCGCUAUAUAAAUAAUAAUAAUUAGGAAUCCUAUAUAUAAAGGGUCUUUGUUCUGAAUAACACUACAGUCCUGUUAUAAUCCGUAAAUUCCAUCAGUACCUUGCACAAGCCCAAUUAAUCACUACUAACAUUUUUGCUCAACCCAACCGCUAACUAAAAAAAACUUGCUUUUCCCACAGAAAUCACAAAUUUGCAGUGAUGUUACUACCACAAAGGAUACAUUGUAUUAACUAUCCACAGAGUUCAGGUGGAAGGCGGUUGCAAUCACAAUUUUAUCCCCUCCAUAACCUUUUUGGUUUUUGCUUCCCAAGCACUACCAAGCCUCAAUAGCCAACUAGUAACCAAACUCAUGCUGAUGAUUUGCGUUAACAAUGAAACAGCUGUCCAUGAGUGGUUCACUGGCUUUGCAUCUUUUACGAAGUUGUGUUUUAAAGCUGUUGUAUACAGCAAACACAGACUCAAAGGAACCCAUGUUUAAAAUGGAUGAGGCAGAAAUGUGAUUCUUUGUUAAACUAAUUUGCAUAUGCCAACCCAGAAUCCUCUGCGGUAGUAACAUCACUGCAAAUCAGUUUUUUUUCUGUGGGAAAAGCAAGCCUUAUGGCUUGUCUGGUGUGCACGCAGACUUUUGUUUAAAAUUGUAUUAUUAACAAAAUAAAAUCUUCCCAGCACCUUAAUCGUAUUGAGAAGUUUCAGAAGGAAACUCUAUUGUGCUGGAGAAAGUAGGCUCACUUCAAUAAACAAUAUAUUGCAGACAGCUGUUCCAACUCUGGCAAAUUUGAUUUCUCUUUCUCAACUAACAGAGACCCCUGAAAACAUUGUGUCCUAACUGGAGUCCUGUGGCAGUCGCUGUGCCGCACUAUUAAUAUAUUUGCUGAUAAGACAAUGUCACCUGUCCCUCGCAUAUCAUGCUUUGUGGAGUCCUGAAAGCAAUGCAUUAAUUUUUUUUUGUAGGUGUAAUGGGAGCGGUGCAAGGUGCAGGCAAGGAUGUACCUUCUGCAACUUCAUGGACAUGGUAAAACUGGAAGUCUGUUAAGGCUUCUAUUUAAUUUAUAAUAUUAAUUUUUUUUUUAGCUCUCUGGCUGCUGCAAUUUAUUUAUAGACAAAAUGAUUUGCAUACUGGAAACUGAGUUUGCCUUAAGCAUCAGAGUCCUUGCUUGGUGGAAAUACAAUUGAUACCUUCAAUUCUAGUGAAUGGUACAAUUGAAUCAACACCAGAGGAGGCUUGUAACUGCUAUUUAAGUGGCGGUUCUCUCCUGAAACUGCUAUUUUUAGACGUUUCGAAGAGCUUCCUGUUCAGUGGUGUCUUACCAUCAGUGCUAAGAAUGCGAUCUGUACAAACAUACUUACCAAGUGACAUGUCCAGUGUAAGGCCAAGCUUUGGAGUAGGAAUGUGCAUAGUAGAAAAGUCCAUUCUCUGAUGUCAUCAGCAUUGCCAUAUAUUCAACCUUGCUGGCCACCAGUUGUGCCACUGGUCACAAAUACAAAAUGGGCUUCUGUGGGAGUUCUCACAAAACAAUUGUUUACAAUUAAUUUCAAAGUCUGAAAAAUAAUAUCUAUAUCAGAUAUCACAUUGUGAUGGCAUGAGUUGCAAAACAGCUCUUGAUUAAAGAACCACUCCAUUAAAAAAUAAAAAAUAAAUAUAUAUAUAUAUAUAUAUAUAUAUAUAUAUAUAUAUAUAUAUAUAUAUAUAUAUUUUAUUAAAAUUAGGUUUGCAUGUUUUUUUUGAGGGCAUAUAAGAUCUAGUAUCUACAGGUACUGCAAGCCCUUACCUUUUCCCCUGGCAUAGACGUUCUCAUUUCAAUAAUUAAGCAGAAGAUUAUCAUAGAGGAGCAUUGCAGACUAGCCAAUCGUGUGUGAUUGUCCAAUGACAUAUAUCUCAUUCAUCAGUACUGCAGCUUGUUGUGAAGUAUGAGUAUGCACCUGCCUUUCAGUUUAGCUCCAAGGAACUGGACUACCUGGAAGAUAUUGACUGGCAGCCAGAUAGGUGUUUUAUAGUUAAUUUACAAGUGUUGCUUUUAUUACAGGAGAUAGUCUGCACAUAUAAAGGUGAAGUGCUUUGUGUGUUGGCAUUGGUCUUUUAAGUUUUAACAAUGUUUGAUGUUCAAACCUACUUAUGUCAGCUUCGUAUGAAUCUAGUAAACUAAAGGAGGAUUAUGGUAAACAUUUAUUUGAAUGAAUGCCCCUCAAGUUUGUCAGCUAUGCACAUUAAAAGUUGGCCUGUCACAAGAAGUUCAUCUUGUUAUAACAGCUGCUGAAGCAGUGACUAUAUAAUUUAUAUUAACGAUAAAUGGCUUUGAAUUUCUUUAUAAACUGUCAUGAUUUACUUUCCUCUUUUUCAAUGUUCCUGCACUUCCAUGUUCACAGGCCUAUAGGUGUUUCAUAGCUAUGUGUGUUAACUACCAUCCAUUACCUCUCCGACGGUUCCGACAUACUGUCUUCAUAUUAACAUCAGAAAUGAGUGACAUCAGACAUUUCAUUCUUACAUCACUCAGCAGGAGCUGAAUGCAUUUUACUAGAGAAUAUCUGUGGUGGAGAGCAGGAGACCUGUCUGUAGUAGUGUAUCCAUGGCCUCCCAUCAGUACACCUGUAAGGGGCGCUGGGCCCCAUAUGGCCAGAAAAAUCUAUCCAUCCAUCCAAAAGAUCUCGCUCCCCACGCCAUUGAAUGCUUACUGAGGUAGUUGGGGAGGCUGUACAUAUGCUCCUCUGCUGGGUCCUCUCCCUCUCACUGCUGGGUGCCCACAGCAACUCUCCGACACUGCACAUUGCUGGGGCCUCGCGAGAACCGAUUGGGCACCCAGCAGGAGCAGGGAGGCUCAAAAUACCACCAGGCAAUAUAGUGUUCCCACUUCAUGGCCAGAGGAGGGAGGGCAAAUAUUGAAUAAAGAAAAAAUAAAUUAAUCAAUAAACUGGUUCUCUCACCUUCUCUCACAAAACACAUCCCUUAUAUCAGCCUCCACACACAAACACACUGUAUACACACACUGCAUCCACUACAAACACACUACUCCUUACAAACAAGGCAUCCAGUACACACAAACAUUGCAUCCAAUAUGCACACAUUUCCUUCCUGACACACCCACACUACAUCCCUUACACAUACUGGAUUCCCUAUACAAACACACUACAUUCCCUAAACACACACAUUACAUCCCCUACAAAUUUCCUACCGCAGCUUUAAGUGCUUGUGAGAUGGUGGUGAAAUGGGUGGCAGGUCCUUUAGGCGAAGUCAGGGCCACCCCAUCGGCACACUCUGUGGAAGGGGAUACCAAAGACCCAGGACCCUCUUAAGAGCAUUAAAGGCCCUGCACACGUUUGGCCCCUGGACAGCUUGUCUAUGCGUUAAGACAACCAUGACUCGAGCUGUUUAAGAGACCCUAACAUUUCUGAUAGUAGCCCUGGUGCACCUCCUACCCGCCGGUAUCCUCAUCACUCAUUUGUCAGCGUAUAAUAGGGGUGGCCAAAUUUUGUCUGUAAGAUACUCAUGUUAAAAUUUUAGAAAUAUUCAAGAUCCACAAUUACAUUUUAUUGUAGUGUUCAACAGAACCAAAUAUUGUCCCAUGUGUCUCACUCUCCCCCAGCACCUCCAUUCAAGUGUUUCAUUCCCUCCGCAUCAUGUGUCACAUUCCCCACAACUUCACCAUGUGUCUCCAAGGUGCCACCCUCCCCUUCCCCAUGUGCCAGCUUACCUCCCCAGUGUAUCGUGGCCGAGCAGUGGACUGUGGUAAAGGAGCUUGUUUCCCUCCACCCGGGCUGACAGGAAGCUGGUCAGUGCUCUUACUGUGUGCACCUCCUUUCAGACCUAGUACAGGGAAACCAGCUUCUCUACCGCACUCACAGUACUGUACUGUGCAGUGCACUCCCCUCCUGCCAGUCAGCUGGAUCCUGUGACCCCCACCCCUCCAGGCUGGUGUGCCACCUUAUGGUUGUGCCGGCCCUAAAAAGUUUUGCAAGGUGUCUAAAGAGCCACAUGCGGCUUGCGAGUUUAGCCAUGUCUUGUAUAUACUAUACUAUCGGCAUGGACUUUUAUGCCAACAGUUACUUGACAGGUGAACUGGAGGGAACAUAAUAUAAAUAUAUAUAUAUGACAUACAUUUUAGCAAAAUUAAUGUUGAUUAUAUUGUACUUCUGUACUGAGCUUAUAGUUUAGACUUGGAUGCUUGGAGUUUUUACUUUUCAUUGAGGCAGUAUAUAAAAUCAUGUAAAUUAAUUCUAGAGACCAGCUUUCUAUCCUUUAGGGAAGGCUCUGUGUUGCAAUUCAUGUCAUCCCAACUUGAAACUCAUUUAGGUGGAAACAUAGCUGUAGUCACGUUUACUGUAAAGCAUUUUCUAUAGAAGUUAAGUCUGACAUUGCGUUUUCCAUUCAGUAUUUCUGUUGGUUUUACUUCCACUUUGCUUGCGUUACAGCAAUUUUUUAAGCAAUUCAUUCAUAGGAUAUUAAGCAAUGCUACUCUGCUAACUUACUCAAUAUCAUCCAUCAUGCUUAUGUCUCAUCCUCCUUUUGAGGGUACAUUAGUUCUAUGCAAAAGCUACUGUCUCUUUAUGUACUUGAAAGUGCUCUCCUGAAAAUAGAAUCUGCUUAGAGUUAAGAUAUUUGCAUUAGCUGAUUAUUUGGAAUGAAACUUAUUCUGCACUUUAUAUUGUUGUUGCAUUGGCAGAAUGACAAAAAGUCUUGUAGAAAUUACAAAAAUAUCCACACAAUAUCUCACCCUUUGCCAAGGUAGAUUCUUAAAGUUAUAAUGUUUUGUAUUAGAACAAUACUGUUUUCUUGCAUUUUUUAACUUUUGAAAUUAGACUGGAGGGCUUUUUCCCUCAAAAAUAUUAUUUAUAAAAGGGAUGCAAUAUAAUUUCCUUUCCUUCCUGGCAUUACCGGGGCUGUGGUUCAGGGAGUAGCACAUAUAUUUGGAGCUGGGUUUCAAGGAGUUCUGGGGGUCUGUUUUACAUGGAAAUUAGAGACAUGAAGGGGGCUUAGGGUACUGUAUUGCAGCCAUUCUUAAAGAGAAAGACAAUGGUGAAAGGAAGAUAAAAGGUGGUUUUCUGUGGUUGUGAAAACGAGGGAUUGGUAAUUAAACACAAAUGGGAAUAAUGUUUGGUGGAAAGAAUCAGAAGAGGUUUAAAGGCAGAAAACACGUGAAUGAAGGAGAAGAUAUGGAAUUGAUGACAGAAAAGGUGCAGUGUGUGUACUGAACGAACAGACAGCCUCUCUUGACAUCAGUAACAUUAAAUAUGAAACCAAGAGGGCUGCACUCACCUAAACAUGCAUACAUUAUAGGGUGCUACUGGGGCCAAUUCAUACAACAUACAAAAUCCAGUGCACUCACUCAUCCACUAAGCAGCAAUUUCAAGGUUUACAGAAGGUAAUAGUUUUAUUAAAAAAUUCCUCACGUAGCAAAACAUAAUGGCACACAAGCCUGCCUGGUAGGUUGUCAUGACAUUCAGUAUGGAGGUUUGCUCACAGGUUCAGUUCUGAAGCCAGAUUCUAGUUGGACUGCAUUGGUCCUCUGAUUGGAGUAGUUUAUUCUUUGUUCCAGUGAAGUCUCAGAGGAAUGCUAGGUGUGUGGAAACCCAAGACAUGUAACUAGUUAUAUUUGUCUACUUCAAAUCCUCAUCGAUUGGACCCUUGUUUGAGCAGGUCCUUUUUCAUCUCUCAAAUAUCCCCUUUCUAUAAUUGUAAAGUGCUGUCAUUAUGUCAAAGCUAUAUUAAUGCAAAAAAUAUUAAAUAUAGACAAACAUAGAAUUGAGAUACCGUAUAUACUCGAGUAUAAGUCGACCCGAAUAUAAGUCGAGACCCCUAAUUUUACCCCCCAAAAACUGGGAAAACUUAUUGACUCGAGUAUAAGACUAGGAUGAGAAAUGCAGCAGCUACUGGUAAAUUUCUAAAUAAAAUUAGAUCCCCAAAAAAUUAUAUUAAUUGAAUAUUUAUUUACAGUGUGUGUAUAUAAUGAGUGCAGUGUGUAAGAAUGAGUGCAGUGUGUGUGUAUGAAUGCAGUGUGUGUGUAUGAGUGCAGUGUGUGUAUGUGUAUGUGAUGCAGAGCCUUGGUGGGGGGUGGGCAUUUUUUUUUUUUAUAUUAUUAUUAUUUUAAUAUUUUUUUUUUAUAUUAUUAAUAUUUUUAAUAUUUUUUUUUCGUUCCCCCCUCCCUGCUUGUUAGCUGGCCAGGGAGGGGGCUCUCAUUCCCUGGUGGUCCCAUAUAGUUAAAUACCGUAUAUACUCAAGUAUAAGACAAGUUUUUCGGCACAUUUUUUGUGCUGAAAACCCCCCACUCGUCUUAUACUCGAGUGAGUGUCUGUAUUAUGGCAACUUACAUUGCCAUAAUACAGACAAGGACCGCCGAGCUCAUUACAAGCCCGGCGGUCCUGUUGGGGGCUGGCAGGAAGCGUUUACUUACCUUUCCUGCAGUUCCUGUCACCUCCCUUCUCUCUGCUCCUGUCAGCUCCACUGUAGGUCUCGUGAUGUGAUUGCCGAGCGGAGCAUUGCCACGGUAACCCGUGGCAACACUCUGACCCCGCGGCUCUCGCAAGACUUGCAGGGGAGCUGACCGGACCGGAGGAGAGAGAAGGGAGCUGACAGGAGCUGCAGGAAAGGUAAGUAAACGCUUCCUGCCAGCCCCCAACAGGACCGCCGGGCUUGUAAUGAGCUCGGCGGUCCUUGUCUGUAUUAUGGCAAUGUAAGUUGCCAUAAUACAGACACUCACUCGAGUAUAAGACGAGUGGGGGGUUUUCAGCACAAAAAAUGUGCCGAAAAACUUGUCUUAUACUUGAGUAUAUACGGUAUUUAACUAUAUGGGAUCAAAUUGGGUCACAACCCAUGCCUCUGUUAAAAUGUGUUCAAUUUGUUCCUGUAUUGGAUCACAACCCAUGCCUCUGUUAAAGGACCACUAUAGUGCCAGGAAAACAUACUCAUUUUCCUGGCACUAUAGUGUCCUGAGGGUGUCCCCACCCUCAUGGCCCCCCUCCCGCUGGGCUGGAUGGAGAGGAAGGGGUUAAACACUUACCUUUCUCCAGCACCGGGCUCCCUCGGCACUGGGGACUCUCCUUCUCCUCCUUUGGACGUCAUCAGCUGAAUGCGCAUGCACGGCAAGAGCCAAGCACGCAUUCAGCCAGUCUCAUAGGAAAGCUGGCGUCUUCUCACUGUGAUUUUCACAGUGAGAAGCGCGGAAGCGCCUCUAGCAGCUGUCAAUGAGAGAGCUGCUAGAGACUGGAUUAACCCAUAGGUAAAAAUAGCAGUUUCUUUGAAACUGCUAUGUUUACAGCAUAAAGGGUUAAUCCUAGAGGGACCUGGCACCCAGACCACUUCAUUAAACUGAAGUGGUAUGGGUGCCUAUAGUGGUCCUUUAACCCCUUAAGGACACAUGACAUGUCAUUAAGGGGUUAAAAUGUUGUGUUCAAAAUAAUGCUGUGCUGCUAUGAGUGCAGAGAUGCAGGAUGAAGUCUGCCUAUCUGUGCACAUUUGCAUGUCCGCUAGGAAUUCUGGGAGAAUUGUAGAAAAAUGAUUUCAGAGAAUUAAGGAAUGUGCCAUUCAAUUCCAAUUUUCUUAUUUUCGUCUCACCACAAUCUAGGGAAUGCCACAUGUGGUAAACCCAUCCACAUUGCAACUGGUACAAAGUAAGAAUGUGGUGCUUUCUGUCUAGUUUAUGAUUUAGACCUAUUUAGUUUAGUUUAAGUAUGUGGCCAUUCCAUUGCGUAUACUCCAAAACCAGCCAAUUUCAAAGUGUAGAUUCAUUGUGUUUGGGAUUGACAUGUUCCUUUUAAUUUGCUUCAUGGACCAUUUGGGAGCAUAUGUAUUUUGGCAGAUGCAUUCAGAUGUAGGUCAUUGCUUGUCAAAUAAGUGACGGUUUUAUGGUCAUGCUAGAAGGACUAUUUGCAGCGUGGUAUGUUUAUGGGUCAGAGCAGAAGAUUACAGGCUAAACAAGCUGUAAUGCCGUCCUUUCAUGCUAUGACUAAGGCAGGAUAACCACUACAGCUGUCUCUUUUCUUUUAUUUGUGCAGACUGGCUUGUUUAUAGGGAAUCACUGAGGGAACGUGAUUAUUUAUCAUUCAGUGCCCUUUAUUCCUCCCUGCUAACUGCUCUAGGGCUUGCAUCUGUGACAGUUUAUAUGUAUUUGGCAAAUCAGAUUUUACGUGUCUAUACAUAUAAGCAGGGAAAUAAAUUGUUCUCUUAAUCGUUUUAGAUACCAGAGGGUUAAGCAGCCACACUAAAUCUUUGGAGAAUGUCCUGUAUUAGGGAGAGCAGCCUCUGAUUAUUUAACACAAGUAGUAUAAUGGACAGUCUUUUAUGCCUGGGAAAUUGGUCUUUAGCAUGCUAAGGAAAACAGUCUCUGGUACUCUACUAUACUAGUGAAAACAAUAUUUUACUAUAGAAAGCAGUCUCUGGUAACUACAAUACUAAGGAAAACAGUCUCUGGUACUCUCAUUCACUAGAGAAAGCAGUACUCAUGCACCAAGGAAAGCAGUCCUUAAUAUUCCUUUUUAGUAGGUGAAUCAGAGUCUGGUACUUGUCUGUAUUAGGAGAAACAGUCUCUGUUCCUUUCCUGUGUUAGGUAGUUAGACAAUCUCUGAAAGUCUGAGUGAUAAAAAAAACAGUUUGUGUUAUUUUCUAUACUAGAGAAAGCAGUCUAACAGUUUGCUUCUGCUACUAACAGUCUCUGUUAGCCUUCUCGAUUAGGGAAAGCAGUCUUUCCUAUUCUCAAAGAGGCUGUAAAGCAGGCUCUUGGAUAUCAUGCUAGGGUAGAAGGUGUUGGUAUUCAUUAGGAAGAUCUAAUGGUCUUGGAACAGUAGGUGUGAAUGAUUCCCUUCCUGUCGAGAAGGACAUAUUGUAUUCCUAGUGAUCCCCUUAUCUCAAAGUAGCACAGUAGCAGUAAUCUAUUGCUAACUUUCCAUUGAAGAAGGCUGGCAGAUAGUGGAAUAUACUGGAUUUCCUUCUUUAUCCCAUAUAUUAUAGUUUGUGGACUUACCUGAUUAGUUACUUUGUCAGUCAUUCUCUCGCUGCUAGACAGUGUACAAUAAUAAUAAUCUGUCAAGUGUGCGUCUGUUUGCUUCCUGUUAUUUCAACAACAAAAAAAUAGGACCUAGUGAUCAUCUAGGAUUGAUCCUUAAUCCUAAUUCUGUUACGGAUUAUUCUGGGGUUGUUUAAGGUCUUCACUAGCACUGAGGGCUAGAUAGUAGAACUUAAGUAAGAGCUAUAUAUUGUGCUAGAUGUGCAUCUAGGUCAGUGUCGAGAACCCAGUAAGUAGACCUUUGGUACCCAGAGUUAAUAAUACUUUAUGGAUAUCUGUCAUUUAGUAUCAUCUAUUGGCAAAUAUAAAAAAUGCUUUCAGUAAAAAUAUUUGAUAUGUUGUGUAAGCUUCUGGUUCCUAUGCAGUGUUCAUCACCUUGUUAUGUCCUUGACACUGUAUACAGUACAGCAUUUAUAGAGAUACAUUAACUUGGUUGCAAGCUCAUGAGCUGUCUAGCAUAGCACAUUGUUGGAGGUGAGGCUGGCAUUUUAUUGAGGCUUUGGAAAGGUUCGCUACUCAUUUUAUAUUGCUAAUUAUAUAUCCCCAUAUCAGUAUACUCACCUGUAUUAUUGCCCACUCCCACCACCCCCCCAUUGUUAUUAGUUAUUCCAUUUUAGAACAGUUUGAUUUCUUACCUUGUAUCAGCUAGAUGCAGCUCCCUGCAUGACUACUGAUGACGGAGAGCUGGAAGCUCUCUGUGUAAGCUGAGAAGGAUCAUCUGAUGCUAUCAGCCAGUGAGCCCCCUAGAGGGCUAAAGAAUAGCUAACAGAAGACAAUGUUUAGGGGUUUCUGGCUUUUCGUCGUCCAUAGUGGAGGCGGGGCUCUGCAUCCCAAAUAAGAAGCAAAAUGUUUUGAAUACUUAUAGUGGAGGGGCCCUGCGUCACCAAAACCUCUUCAACGAGCUGCGUUGCUCGUGAGCUUCGAGGUUUCCUUGCGGUGUUAGAGGUUGGAGUAACCAUCUAAAGGCAUUUAGAUCUGCAGUACAUCUUGUAUUCUUCCAGAAGAUGAAUUAUGUUCUAAUUUCCAGAUAUAACUCCUUAAAUUACCAAUAUAGUGUCAGGAAUAUUUUCUCACCUUUUUUUCCAGUGCCGCACAGGUCUCCUCAUAACUGGCUCUGCCUCCUUGGCUGAGAUCAUCAAAUUUAUUGAUCGCAGCCAAUCCAGUGGUUUCCCAAAGGAGAGCACUGGGAGACUAUUGGGCAUCUGCGGCACUUCUAGUGGCCGUCUGAGUGACUGCCACUAGAGGUGUAACUUUCCUGCAGGGACAUGCAGUAGACACCAGAACAACUACAUUAGCUGUAAUUGUUCUAGUGACUAUAGUGUCCCUUUAAACCAUUCAUUUCACAAGUGCCUUGCCAUCAAUAUGUGCCAUGCUGUCAGGCAUACUUUACUGCUUCACGUAAGUGUACAUGCAUGUCAGGUAUGUAACCUCUUUCCAAGAUAUAGCUGGGAGUGGUUUCUAUGAAUCAUUUCUUGGAAGUAACUGGUGUUCUAUGCUUACCUUUUGUUGGAACAUUACUCCCAUUAUUGAUAUGGAAUGUUUGUGUAUUAAAUUACUUUUAUUCUUAGAUCCUUCAUCCCCUCAAUAAAAGGCUCCAGCUAAUCUGUUGCCCAGUGUACUAAUAUAUAAAUUAGGCAAGUGUUAGUAAAAUACAGUAGUAGGCAUGUUUUAGUGUGCAAGCAAUUAAUGCAUAAAGUGUUAAUAUCAGUAAAUUAAUGUAGGAUUAUCACUAACUUUUUUUUCUCCUUAAAUCUGUUUAAAACAAUAUCUUGCCCUCUUAAAGUACUCUUGAUCUAUACUCCUUCCCCAUUUUGUUUAUUCUUUUUCACGUUUCCUUUUUAUUCAUGUCUUACUCAUUAUCCUCUUUUUCUUACUACUUGUUUUGCGUUCUCUCUUCCUAAUUUCUAUACAACUUUAGAUUUAAUACUGAUGUUUUUACUUUGUCACCUAUUAAUAGAAUUUCUUUUCAAACACUCAGGUUGCAGAGAGCUUGUGAUAUCAACAGCCAGACAUUCAGAAUCCAUGCUUUGUUGAAUAACUUGUAGAUUUCCACAGUUCAUAUAACAGGAAAGAAUUCUCUGAUAUAGUGUGGCCAGUUUAUCCAAGGAAAAGCAAAGUUUGGAAGAAAUCCUUUAUAUAAAAAAAAUUAAAGGUGCAAGGUAUACAGUAUAACACAUAUAAAAUAGAGGUAAUUUCAUUUGGCCGGGUUGGAGGAGAAUAUGCACCCCUGCAAAUAAGAUUGCAUGUAAGAAUGUAGUGGUUUUUUUUAGGCUUAGCAUCCUCUGACAAAGCAACCUUCCUCUUAUUCAGGAAAUUGCAUCAAGAUUUUUUUACUCAAAUAUUAACUUGUUCUUGUUUCUUGUAACGAAAAUUGUUCUAACAUGUAACACUGUAUGGCUAAACAUAUGUGGAUACCACUGUUAUUUGUUGACUUCAGUUGUUCAGACCUCGCUAGUUGCGAACAUGUGCAUGAAGCAGGGGAAGGCAACCUUCAGCACUCCAGAUGUUGUGGACUACAUCUCCCAAAUGCUCUUACAGCUAUAAUGCUGGCAAAGCAUCAUGGGAGGUGUAGUCCAAAACAUCUGCAGUGCUGAAGGUUUCCUAUCCCUGGCAUAAAGCAUGAACUCACUAUAGACAAAUAUCGGCAGUACAGUGGGUCAUAAUGAAGAGCACAGUAACUUUAAACAUCAUACAAUGCUAUCUUUGGCAAAUUUUAUUAUUGUGAAUUAUAAGCUUAGAGGGCAACAACAGCCCAGCCACAGAGUAGUAGACCAUGUAUUCUCACUGAGCAGCAGAGGCAUGUCACUUAUAAAAAUCAUCUGCUGCAGAGUUCCACUCACUACAGAGUUCCAAACAGACUCUGGAAGCAACAUGCGCACAAUAAAUGUGGGUUAGGAUGUUCAUGAAAUGUGCUUCCAUGGCUGAGUAGCUGUAUACAAGUCUCUCAACAACAUGCACAAUGCUAAGUGUGAGCUAGAAUGAUGUAAUGCACACCACCACUGGGUUCUCAAAAAGUGGAAACUUGUUAUCUGGAAUGAUGAUCCAUUUGACACUUUUCAGCCCUUUUAUUUAACUUUUGUGUUUUAGAAUUUAUGCACAUAAGGAUGACAAUUCUUCCCUAUCUUCAGAUGUUUGUUCCAUAAAUUCGAAAUGGAUACACAUUAAAAAGGAAACAAAGUAUAUAUGUAUUGACAAAUUGUAAUAUUGUAGCAGUAAUGUAAAAUAGUAGAUGCACUCUAAAUUGAAUUGCAGGGUGAUAACUAGAUCUUAUGAAUGUAAAGCUGCAUUAGGACACUUGGCGGUAUGGCAGGAUUAUUUGCAUAUGUAGAUUAUUAUUAUGAUAUUUAUAUAGCGCCAUCAAAUUCUGCAGCGCUUUACAAUGGGUGGACGAACAGACAUGUAGUUGUAACCAGACAAGUUGGACACACAGGAACAGAGGGGUUGAGGGCCCUGCUCAAUGAGCUUACAUGCUAGAGGGAGUGGGGUAAAAUGACACAAAAAGGUAAGGAUAGUAUUAGACUAGUGACAGUUGCAGAAGAGGAAUUAGUCAGGAGCUAUUAACAGUUUUAUUGAUACGCUUUUAUGAAGAAGUGGGUUUUUAACGAUUUUUGAAGGAGUGGAGACUGGGUGAGCAUCUAACAGAGGAGGGAAGCCAACGGUGCAGCCCUCGAGAAAUCUUAAAAGGCGAGCAUCAGAGGUGGGAGUACGGACAGAAGAUUGACGUAAGUCUUCAGCAGAUCGUAAGGGCCUAGAUGGGACAUACUUGUGUAUAAGGGAGGAUAGAUAGGUGGGAGCAGCAUUAUGUAGAGAUUUGAAAGCAAGAACCAGAAUUUUAACUUGAGCUCUAUAAUUUUAUAGCAAGCCAAUGUAGGGACUAACAGAAGGGUGAGGCAUGGGAGGUGCGGGCGGACAGGAAGAUGAGCCUCGCUGCCGCAUUCAUUAUGGACUGUAACGGCGCAAGUUGGGAGCACGUAAGGCCACUAAGAAGCGGAUUACAGUAGUCAAGGUGAGAAAGGGCAGUGGAAUGGACCAACAACUUAGUCGCAUCUGGCGUUAAAUAGGGGCGGAGGAGCGAAAUGUUUUUGAGAUGGAAAUGACAGGAUUUGGCGAUAUAUUGAACAUUAAGGCUUGAAGGAGAGGUCGGAGUCAAAGAGAACACCUAGGCAGCGAGCCUGCGUGGUGGAGCUGAUGGUAGCACCUUUGACUUGGAGGGAGACAGACACAGGAGUAACAACACUUGAGGGAGGAAAGACCAGAAUUUCAGUUUUGGUCAAGUUUAGUUUAACGAAGUGGGCAGCCAUCCAGUUAGAAAUAGCAGAGCGGCAGUCAGAUACACUAGUCAAGAGGGACGGGGAGAAAUCAGGAGAGGACAGGUAGAUUUGUGUGUCAUCUGCAUAGAAAUGAUAUUGGAAGCCAAAGGAGCUAAUGAGUUUUCCAAGGGAAUAAGCAGUUGUGAUUAGUUACGUGUCCCUGUCAUCUUUUAAUGUUUUAUAAAUGAUCUCACUGAAAUCCACAAUUGAUGGUAUACAUUAGAAAAGGUAGAUACUACUUCACACGUCUUGAAAAAUGGCAUCAUGACAGAGCAUUACCAAACACUCUUUGCCAUACUUUGGCAUUUUCUAUGAGUCGCCAUUCGUGAUAAUUGAUAGAACCAUUUGACAUCUUGUGCAGUUGAAGUUAAAUCUGGUAGAUCUCAAACUGACAUGCCCACUUUGUCACAGAAGCUCCCGUGCAACAGCCUGCUGGAGAGGCAUUAAAAGAUAGCCUCCUGCCCACAGACUAUGGGUCUGGUCACAGACUUUAAAAUGAUAUAUAGGAGGAUAUGAGGUUACAUUGUGUUAAUGUUGAGUUAUUAUGUAAAAUGUUGAGCUGUAUGUCAGCUAUUGUAUAAUGUAAAAGCUAUUGUGUUAUGUGUCUUGGUGUCCAGCAGGAAAUUAACUUAUCAUGUCUUGACCUAAUUAUGUCCCAGAACACCCCCCCUGUUGUGUGUAGUGGGAUAAAUGCAUGUGUUUUUCUCUGAAAUAAACAGUUCUCUUGUUUACCCAAUACGACUGGUCUUGUCCACUAUGUUGGGGAAUUUUACAAGGUUUCAGAGGGUUAGAAUCACUGUAUGCUGUAGCUGAACCCAGGACCAGCGGAGGAUUAGAAUAGCGGAGACCAAGGGACACUAUGAGACCCUGCAACCCGUGACAGUCUUGUAAGAGAUUCCAGAGUUCUCCAUUUUGUACUCUCACAUGUAUAAGUAUGCACCAGUGAGAAUCCUCUUGUUGUGCCUUGCUAUUUUUCUAUAGUCGUUACUUAUUAUUAAUGGGGGAAGGGAUCUAUGUGUGCAAUGUAUAAUAGAUAUGUUUGACAUCCCAUUGUGCAUGUGAAAAGAAAUCUGCGGUGGAUUCCGUUUUGUUUCUGAAUCUUCUAUAGUUCUCCAUUCAAUGCUCUGGAUUUAUGCGUUUAAGGGGAAAUAUCCUUCUGGUAACUGAAUUUUUCAAUGCUAUGGAACUGUUAGUUCUCAUAAGUAGUCUACGAUUCUGGCUUGACUGGCUGCAGCUUGUUAAAGUAUCAGUUAUUCUCUAAAGUCUGAAUGUCCCAGAACUGAAUGGGGUUAAACCAUCCGGCUACAUAUGGGCCAUUCGUACUAAUAAAAAUCUGGACGUUGUUGAUGGAAUCCAACAUCCAGAUUUUGUAAUUCUGACCCGAACGUGUCUGAAAUUGUUUUCUGAUUUCAGCUGGGUCAAACAUUUCCGGACGGGUGAAUUACAGGCCAAAUGCGGCAAAUUCAGGCUUAGCUGAAUCAACUUCAGGCCUGGAUUAUAUAAAAGGACUGUUUUGUGAACUCAUUAUUUUGUCUGAAAUCGUGCAGAAAGAAAGAAUUAGUAAAAAAAAAAAAAAAAAUGACCACAUGAAAAAUAAAAACCACGCCGCAAAAAUAAAAUAACAAUAAAAAUCAAUUUUCACCCAUAGAGGACACAUUGCAGAUGAUAGUGGGGAAUAAUGAGUUCACAAAACAGUCCUUUUAUAUAAUCCAGGCCUGAAGUUGAUUCAGCUAAGCCUGAAUUUGCCGCAUUUGGCCUGUAAUUCACCCACUAUCAUCUGCAAUGUGUCCUCUAUGGGUGAAAAUUGAUUUUUAUUGUUAUUUUAUUUUUGCGGCGUGGUUUUUAUUUUUCAUGUGGUCAUUUAUUUUUUUUUUUUUACUAAUUCUUUCUUUCUGCACGAUUUCAGACAAAAUAAUGAGUUCACAAAACAGUGGGCAUAAAGAACUCCACUAGCAGAAUAAUAACAAAAGCUUUAGAUAGGUAGUGAUUACAACACCAUUAUUCCCAUUGCACAAGUAAUGGUUACAUCCACCAUAAUACAGUUAACUCGGAAAAACAAAUAAGGAAUCUGUGUUUGCAGAAUAGAAUAAAACGGAUGUAUACAUUUAUAUGUAUUAAACCUGCUUCCCCCUCCCCUCGGUUCAUCUCUUGACCUACAGCAACGGCUGACCUAAAAGAAAUUCAUAGGUAGCUUCCCAGAGCCAAUGGUUUCUCAAGUAACAGAACCAAACUGUAACUAACAAUUGAGUGCUUAGGGUAAAGAAAGAAGAAAAAAAAAUAUAUAAAUAUAUUAUUUAUUGAUAUCUGGAAAUAUGGAGUUUUAUUUGACCUUUUUGGGGGGCUGAAGAAAUAAUUUUUCAUUUAAUUAUUUUUUUUCUACAGGUUUCAACUCUUAUCCCACUUCUCUAUUACUAGAGUGGAGGAGGGUAGGUAGGAACUUUAUUUUAGGUGAUUGGCUGGCUAUGGUAUUGGGUACCCUUAGCCACCAAAGGGGUUUAUUAUUAUAUGGGAGGCUGACAAUUGCAUGUCCACCCCCUAUUUUCUAAUUAAUUAAUUUAAUCAUUUUAUUUUUUUUAAGGGAAGCAACCUGUAAGAAGAUAUGUAUAUUUUAACUCCAUGCAUUGAGGGAUGUGGAAUUCCUAAUGCCCGACACAUGGGACGUGUAGGUCUCAGUGCCUGGCAGGCUGUUUUUUUUUUCUAUUUUAGCUUUCUUUAAAAAUACUUGAACCCCAAAGUAUAAACCUAAAACUGUUAAAGUAACGGAAAAGCAAAACUGCCGCUUACCCAUGUUAAACAUGAGACGCUAGGCACAGGAACUCCAGGUCCCAAUGAUAUAACUGCAUAAAUCCAAAUAAUGCUACAGUGCUCAAAUUCUUAAACCAUUUAUUCUACAAGGUGCAGGAAAAAACAGGGGGAAAAGUUCAAGAUAAACUCAUCUAGGUCCUUCAACAUAGUUUAUUCCUUUAGCCCACCCUCAGGAAAUAGCAGGGGUACCUUGGGAUUGCAUAGUGAAAGAUGUAUGUGUGGGCCCCGGUGCCCAGCCGCAAGUCAUCCCAGCCAAGUAAGGAGCUCUAGGGCAUGUGGUGAGGGUCAGGGGCGUUCUGUGAGCUCUGUAGUAAUGCACAGGGCCGUCUUUAAGGAGGGGCAAAAGGGGCAGCUGCCCCGGGCCCAGUUACUCCUGGGGGCCCUAAGGCAGCUGCCCCAUGGGCCCCCUGCGGCACCUGAGGUAAUCAGGGGCCACAGCCCUUUAAUACUGCUCUGGACCGGCCCGGGCCCCUGUUAUAUGGGGGGUGGCUGACUACAUACUCACAGCUAGCCCCCUCACAUACUGCCCUGUGAGUCUCUUUGUUUCCUGGGCAUGCUGGGAGGCAGUGAGGUCAGAUUGCUUCCUCCCAGUAAGAACUGAUCACUUCCUCCUCAGUGCCGCUGGGGAGGAGGCACACACCACAUGGAGGAGGAUGCAAGCAUUGUGGGGGAGAGGGACUGAGAAAGCUGAUGGCAGACUCCCAUCAGCCUGGGCCAACAAGCUCUCACUGGACCCCAGGGAAGCCACCUUUCUGUACCCAAAAGGUAAGGAGACAGGAGGGUGGCUAAAUAUGUUUUGUUUUUUGUUUUGCUAAUUUCUGAUAUCACUUUUAUUCAAGUGUUGGUGUUUGUAAUGUAACACACAGGGAAUAAGUACAUGUUAAAAAUCCUAGAAGAACCUGACAGUUCCCUAUUAAAUAUAAAUGUAAAAAGUAUUUAUUUUAACAUAUUGCAUCAAGUGUUAUCAAAGGCUGUACACCAUUUUCAAAUGUCACUUUUGCCAAAUUCUGGACCAGGGUAUGUAAGAACAGAGUUGAGACAUUAUAUUGGCCAAGGUUGCUGGGAGUUGCUGUCCAAGAGCUGCUAGAAGGCAGAGAUUAAAAUAUGUAAAUGUACACAUAUAUAUAUAUGUGUGUAUCUGGCUGUGUUUAUGUCCUUGUGUGUAUCUGGCUGUGUUUGUCUGUGUGUCAGUGUUUCUGUGUGUAUGUAUACCUCAUACACCUGUAUGUGCACCUGUGUGUGUGUUUCGGUGUGUGUGUAAGUGUGCAUCUGAGUGUGUGGUAAUGCAUACAUCCCAACAUUUUAAUGCCAACACAAAUACACUCCUACAUUCCAUCUCUAGCUCUGUACACAUAUACACCCCUGCAUUUAUACCUUUAUGUAUGUGUGUAUCUGAGUGUGUGUGUGUAUGUGCCAGUGUGUGUAUAUCAAAGUGCUCGUAUCUGUGUGUCAAAGGGUGUGUAUCUGAGUGUGUGUGUAUGUGUAUGUGUAUGUGCCAGUAUGUGUCAAGGUGUGAGCAUGUGUCAGUGUGAGCAUAUGUGUAUCUGCGUGUUAAUGUGUAUGUGUAUAUGUGUUAUAGAAAUCACACAACAUGCAAACAGACCCCUGCAAACACAAACAUUACAAACACACCAGUUUGCUGAAACACUAAUACUACACACAAAUGUACACAUGUAUUUAAAAGACAACACUACAUCCAAACACCCCCCUGCAUGCAAAUACAAACAUUACAUGCAAACACAUUCCUGUAUUAAAACGCUAAUAUUAUAUACAAACACCAACUCUACACACAAAAGUACACCUGCAUUUAAAAGCCAACACUACAAACAAUCACACAUCCCUGCAUUAAAAUGCAAACACUACACACAAGUACACCACUGCAUUCCAAUGGUAACAGUACUCCUACAUGCACACAUACACUCUAUACAAUAACAUGCUGACAUUCAUUUGCACAAACACUGCUCAAAAAUACAACCCUGCAAGGAUGGUAGAUCCCCAGCUGGCAUAGCAUCGCAGGAGUUGUAUGACAGAUGGGGAUCUAUCUUUUCUUUACUCUUGUGCUACAGGGCAGGCCUGAAUUAUUUUUUGUUGCACCAAGGCACUCUCUACAUUAGUUUUGCCUCUAGGUUGGGGUGGAGGGAGUGAUUGCAUGCCCAGGGGGCCCAAACAGAUGCUUGCCCAGGGUCCAAUCAAUAUUAAAGACGGCCCUGGUAAUGCAAGGCUGGCUGCCCACCACCCUGACACACUGAUGCAGCCCAUACAGUAGAUACCUCCCAAGGCCUUCUGCCCAGCAGCCACGUUUUGCUCCUAACUUUCCACUGUCUGAGGGUAUAGUGUGCUUUGUACAGUAGGAAUGUGUUUGAUCGUAGUGCAGUUUUUUACAUGUACUGCAUGUGCUCCUCUAUGAACGUUUGUGUGACUUGCUAUAAGGCCCUAAAUGUGUGAUGUGCUACUCUGGCACUAACUGCGUGAUUUCUGUACACCCAGGGCAAUGUGUAUAAAGAGCAGCUUUGGGCUAAGGUGGAGUAACUAACACAGAUAUUCUGUUAGUUUUCACGGUUAUUGUCCCACAUUUAACAAUUUGCUCUGAAGCUGCACUUUCACUUGUGGGAUCUUUGCCUUUCCCGUAGCAUAUUCGCUUUAAUGUUGGAUUUGAGUGGUAAUCAUUUCUGAAGCGUCUUCCUUGGUGCUGCCAUCAUCCUCUCUUAAAGCAGCACGGUCUCUUUUUAGGGUCUUUGCAAAGACUUCACAAACUGACUUGCCCACUUGUGUGUAAGCUGUCUCUAGCCAGGACCACCAGACUUCUGCUCCUGUUAAACCCACAUAUGAAUAUAAAACAGGGUUUGUGGAAGAUCCUGCAAAAUCAUGGGAUCUUAGAUAAUAGUGCAACAAAAUGUCACACACACACAAAUUACACAGAGCCAGCACAGAACAACCACACCAAUUACAUGCAGCAAGCACACUUGAGAGAGACUAAGGGAGGAGGUGAAGCAGAGCGAAACGUUCCAAAUAAUUCACAAAAUUUUUACAAAUUAUUUUUUAUUUUAUUUUUUAUUUUUUUGGACAAGCUGUUUUUGACUCAGUUUUGCCAUUCUAGUCAAUGAAAUACCUCAGUCCAUGUCAAGGGCUCUAGGCAGGUGCCCCAGUCUUUCUAAUUUAAAUCAUGUUUCUGUCAGGACAAAAUAAAAUGUGAAAACAGAUAAGUAUAUUGGGUUAUCAGUUUAGUCCUUUAGACAAUUAGAUUUUUUUAUUAUUUUUUUUUUUUUGUAAUGAACACACCCCUGUUAUAUCUAUUUGUACAGUUUAAUGUGAGCUGCUAAGGUAUAUCAAAUUUAUGACCUCAGCAGUUACUCUUUAACUGGUGGGUAAGUUCCUGUAAAGUAAUAUUUCAUUAUGGUUUGAUUAAAAAAAAGUUUGAUGAACCAACUUCCUGCAUUACAGUGGUGCAUUCAUCCGCAAGGUGAGAUUUGUUCAUUACUUCUGCUCGUAAUCGUAAAUCAAUUGUGACAUCUUCUUGUUCUCAAGGGUGUGUAAAGCUGUUUAUCAGCCCAAGCCCCGGGGACCUUAUGAAAUAGAGGGUGGUUGUAUAGCGGCGGUCAUGUAGCAUUAGGCAGUGAGCAGGCAGGAGAAUUUCAAUAGAUAAAUGUCCAACUUGUGCAGUGCAGGCAAACAUGUUUUUACCCACAGGUAAAAUUUCAUAUUUGCUUGUCAUAUCUCGAUAUGACAUGCAUAGUGUUACCGUCCAUCUUACUGUAAAGGUUUUCUCAUUUACAGAUCACAUUUUUACUAAUCUUUUUAUAAGUAUUUUAAUUUUUACCUUUUAAUUAAAUGCGCUCUGUAAUGACUUUUGCAGCAUCCUAAAGCGUUUAACGGCCUAUACCAAGUAUUUGAAUCUUAUUUUCAUUGCAAGUUUACUUUACUUAUAAUAUGUUCUUAUGUAUUGACUAUAUAAUUUAUCACACUGAUAAUUUAUGUUUCACUUGUUUUUGGAUUUUGUUCAAUACAAUUUUUACUUCCUCUCCUGCUGUAACAGUACAGCCAUCACUAAUGUUUUAUUGGUGUUCCGCUAAUGUAACACACUUCCCUGUCGUCCCUUCCUUUCUUCUUUUUUGGAACCUUAACAUAGGAAAGGUGUUACGGAUAUGUGUAACGGUUAACAGAGUUUAGAAAAUGAAGCACAAAUUGAGAGCUAUUUAAGUUAACAUGCACAAAGAAUUAAACCAAUACAUUUACCAUUUUAUUUAGGAAUACGAAAUGCCGGUAUACCCAUUUAAAAAAUAAGCACGUAAAAUGGUCAAAAAAAAAAAAAUGAUACCUGCAACAGGACCAUUUUUUAGUACAAAUAGUGUUAGGAAGGUUAACAAAUCUCAUGUUCCCUUCCAAGUGUCUCGCCCCUUAAAAUGGCGGUAAUUUAUUAUAAUUUUUUUAAUGUUUUAUUCAAUUUUAUUAUUUUUAGAGAUGUCUGAAAUAUUUGUCAACUCCUGAACUAGAUUGUUGGCUUGUUUGAGCAGGGCCUUCUUCACUUCUUGUCUCAGUUAAUGUUCUGUAUGUGACUUACUUGAUGUCAAAUAUCCCCAUUCUAGAAUUGUAAAUUGCUGCGGAACACGUCAUUGCUAGAUGAAUACCGACAAUGAUGAUAAUAAUAACUAUGAAUGUCUUGCAGUACACCACGACCCAAGUUCCAGUUGUAUAAAGUGACUGCUAAAUUACUUGCCCGUGCAAAUUGAUCAUUCAAUAAAUAAUGCCAUUAAAUAAAUACUGUAUUUCCUCUUCCACUAGAUCAAGCUUUUGUGACACUGGCUACAAAUGAUCCAUAUGUGAAAGGGGCGCUGGUAUUGGGGUCAUCAUUGCGACAGCACAAUACUACAAAAAAACUGGUGGUGCUAGUACCUCCUCAGGUGUCAGAGUCCAUGAGGUAAGAGUCACUCUCAAAAUGGCUAGAUGACCAGGACCAAUUAAAAUGUGCAACAAAAUGGCAGCAACUACUGAGAAUCAAAUGAUUUACAAACAUAAUGCUUACUUUUGUAUCUGUGCUGUUGGUUGUGCAUGUAUCUUUGUGGAAUCAUAAAAUGCCAGUGCAUGGUCAUGUGCAGGAUACUACAGGUGUUUAUUGAUGUUUGCGAAGGAUAGCUUUCAUUUAUCUACACUGGGGUAUGGCGAGAGAGGUGGGCAUCUUAAAGUAAAAUAAAAAUGAAAUUUGAUAAAGCGAUAGGUUGUGUUUUAUGGUUACAUUUAAAUACAUUGAUCAAACCAAAGGGUACUUCACUAAAGGGAAAUAUCACGCUUGGUGCAACACAAAGAGGGAGCUGCACUACCAAUAUCCGAAGUUGAGAGUCCAGGCACAGAACAGAGCGCAAGACGACAACAACAUGUUUACUCCAUAACCGAUUCUCUGUCAAGUCAAUAAAGACUCAGUUAUGGAGUUGAAACGUUGUUCUAUUAAUCCUUUAUCCACCAUUUGUGUGCCGGACUCUACUUUGGAUAUCAUUUAUUAAAAGUAGCCUAAACAGUCCAAUUUGGGUGUCUCCUACAAGGAGUAAACUGACCUCUUUCAUUUGAAUAGGUAAACUAUGGUCCACAGUGGAGGGUGAACAUCAUCACACUACAUUGUGUGAACUAUCUUUUUCAUGACGCUCAGCCAACCAUUGAACACCCUUUAUUAUCUCAAUUAUUGAUAAUUGCAUCCAGCCCAGGGGUAUCUGACUGGUUUAGUUUACUUUACUCCAUUUGCUUAUGUGAUUUUAAGACAAAGUGUCUGUAUUUGAGGUUAUUGCUCUGAAUAAACCUGCACAGUUUUGAUUAUUUUUAUUUUUUUAAAUCUUUAAACAGGAAAGUGCUUCACAAAGUGUAUGAUGAGGUGCGAGUGGUCGAUGUCUUAGACAGCAAGGAUUCCGCUAACUUGGCUUUAAUGAAAAGACCAGAACUUGGCAUCACAUUAACAAAACUCCACUGCUGGACCCUCACAGAAUACUCUAAAUGUGUUUUUAUGGACGCAGACACAGUGGUAAGGAUUUCACUCUCAUGUUUGUUGAGCAGAACAGUGGACAUCAAUAGUGCCUUUUUUUUAAAACACAGACCGGAGUCUGGCAAUGCUAAUUGGUUUUUAUUGAUUAAACAUUCUGAGUGCGCCCAUAUAACCACACGGUUUCUGGGAUAUUUAACAAUUUGAUUUUUAAUAUUAUGCUGGUAUUUAUUAAUCAAGUUUUGAUGAAAAUACCCAUGUCACUAAUAAUAUCCAGAUGGUAACAAUUCACUGUGUAGAGAAUGAGCCUCAGUACUUCCUUCUAGCAACCAGAGGAGAGAAACUCCACUCUUAACACAUGGAACAAUUUGUCCUAAAGGUAACCUAAUGCAAGCUGGCACCUUAUUUAUAAAGCAUAAACAAAGUGUCAUUUAUAUAAACAAAAACAUUAAAGUACUUAAACACAAAAAAAACCAACUAUAACCAUUUCCAUUUAUGCCACAAAAAGGGAAACAAAUCUUUUAUGGACUCUAAAUGGCAAUACGAUUUCUCCUUGGAUCAAGAACCUGUUAACAUACAUAAAAAUUAUAUCCUUAAAGGGCCAAAAUCCAUGACAUCAUAUGCGGACCGAAACCUUGGUGUUCAAGUGAAAACAUUAAGAAGGACCAAUCAACCCUGUUGAACACUUUCUCUGUAUCUGUUGAGGCCAAGAAGGAGGGCGAAGAUUGGGUCCAUGCCACAUGAAUCAAAUUAAGUGCUUUGACUGUGUUGUUUCUGGCCUCUCGUCCCGCAAUGAAGCCCACCUGGUCUGGAUGAAUAAGGCCAGGUAGAAGGGGCUGAAAGCUGGGGGCCAAUAUUUUUGCAAAGAGUUUUAGAUCAGCGUUCAACAGGGAGAUCGGUCUGUAGCUGGCACAGCAGGUGGGGUCCUUCCCCUCUUUUUGUAACACCACUACGUGGGCUAGAAGCAUAUUAUGGCCCCAUCAAUCCUCCUUCUUGGAUAUUUUUGAAUAGAGUUAGAAGGUGGGGGGGGGGCGAGUGCCAGAAAACAUCCUAUAAUAUUUUGCUGUAAAUCCGUUGGGAUCUGGACUUUUCCUUAAUUUGGCCAGUUUAAUGGUGAGUCAGUUUGUCCCUCGUGAUCUCUUCCUCCAGGGCGGCAAUAGAUUGGGUAUCCAGUUUGGUUGUUAAAUAACAGGCAAUGCAGUUCUUCUGUUGAGUGAGGAAGUUCAUGCCACCAUGAUCCGAUAGUGGUGUUUUGAGAGGGUAAGAAGUACAGUGAGGAGUAGUAUUGUCAAAAGACCUCUGCGAUGGUCGUGGGUGUGAGAAAUGCUUGCCCUGCAUGCAAGAUCUUUUUUAAAUGGCUUUGUAACCUACAUGCUCGUAGUGCUCUCAGUAGCAUCCUUCCACUCUUACCAUAUUCAUACAAGGCUUUUUUAGUAAGACGAAACUGGAAUUGGAUUUUCAGUGUCAAGGAAGAGUUGAGUUUCGCCCUGGUCGUUAAGAGUUGUUUGUAGAUCUUUUCGUUUAGAGUAGUUCAUGUGUUGGGUUUCCAAUUCGGUUAGCUGGUUAACUAAAUGUGCGAUUUCCUGAGACCGCAAUUUUUUUCAGUCAGGUUAGUGUUUAAUAAGAAGCCCUCUAAUGACGCAUUUGUGUGCUUCCAAAAUGGUUGAAGGCGUAGACUCUGGGAUUUUAUUGGUGAGGAAAAAGUGGUCCAUAGUAGAUCGAACAUCCGCCUGUAUCAACGAAUCAUCUAAGAGGGAUUCAUUUAGCUUUUCAUGUAAUGUUAUCCCUAACUCAAGCCCCAUUUAAUGUAUAAGUGACUUGUGGCUCCUUAUUCCAAAAUGCACGUCUGUAUUGGAUCUUAUCUGACACUUGCCUGCCCAGCCCCCCAAUUUAUGCAAAUCCUUCUGUGUUUCCCUUGUGUGAGUGGUAUGUAAAGCCAUCCUGCCUUAGAUUCCUUCCAUCAUGACUUUCAAGUGUUUGCAAAACAUGUUCUUAGAGGUGGAAAGAUAACACCCUACAUUGGAGUAUUCAUUGAACUUGAAAUGGGUAAUUGUCUUGUCGUUUCUCCUUAAUUCCCAAUUUAUUGAAUAAUCCGCAGUGCCAAAGUAAUUCUGGUGAAUUCUGACUGCACUGUAAGAUGCCAGAAAUAACUUUUUUGAAAUGGUUUACACUUUAUCCAUCUUAAACUCUGCAGGUUUUAUCAAAUGUUGAUGAGCUGUUUGAGAGGGAAGAGCUGUCAGCAGCACCAGACCCGGGGUGGCCCGAUUGCUUCAACUCAGGAGUGUUUGUUUACCAACCAUCUUUAAAGACCUACAGUGACUUGUUACACCUAGUUACAGAAAAGGGCAGCUUUGACGGUAAGUGAAACUGCUUGAAAGCUUAUUAUUCCUCACAUACGAGGCGCUCCAAACUAAAGAAGAAAUCCCAAAUUAUCCGGCACUUUUUUGAUUUGAACAUGUCUGUUUCAGAAUGAUUGUUUCAGAAAAUGACCAAAAUUACUGCUCAUUGAAAUGGGUCUAUCUAUAGUUACUUUAAUGUAUUUAAUGUUUGCAUGUUUUUCAUUUAUUAUUUCAAAAUAGUGGAAUAGUUUUGGAGACUUAAAGCAAUAUAACUGGGACUUUUAUGUGGGCUAUUCCAAAUAACUGUUCACUUACUUCUUUUUACAUACUCGUUAUUCAGGCUGCUAGGACAUAAUGGUUUCAGCUAAAGGAAUGUACUUAUAAUUAUUGACAUUUUUAUAGCGCCAGUUUAUUCGACAGCACUUUACAAUAUUCUACAGCACUUUACAAUAUUUAACAAUAAAUGAGACAACUACAAAAUGUUAAAGGUACUCUACAUUGAUUAGGACCCUCAUCAAACAAGGUUAAAGUCUAGAGGAGGUGGAGUAUAAAAACACAACAAGAAGGGCAUGAAAGGGGAGGGCAACUAAGCAACAAAGUGGGAGAGUAGUAGAACUGGAAGGUGACAGUGAAGUGUGGCCCUUUAAGAGAGACCAAGAGACAGGUUUGUGAAAUAGAAGGUACUCUGGGAGGCCAUACACUUUUCUGAUGGGUUUUGAGGGACUUUUUAGGGAGAGCCUGAUGGGGGUAGGCACGCUGUUCCAAAGGAAAAGAGCUGCACGCACAGUCCUGCAAGUGCGAAUUGGCAGUAAUGGUGGGCAGCGGACAGAAGAUCAUUGGCAGAGCGGAGAGACCGAGAGGGGUUAUAUAGAAUUAGGGAAGAAUUGUAAUGGGCUAGAGUUGUGUAGAGCUUUAUAGAUAUGGGUUAGUAUUUUGAAUCGACUCCUAUAGGAUACAGGAAGCCAAGAUAAGGAUUGACAGAGGGGCGAUGUGUGAGAUGAGCGACCGUGAUUAAAUCAGCCUGGCGGCAGCAUUCAAUAUAGAGUGUAACAGGGCAAUACGAUUUCUGGAGAGACCAAGUAGGAGAGAAUUACAGUAAUCAAUGUGAGAAAUCACUAGAGCCUAAACAAGAAAGGGGUAAACUUGGGCUAUAUUUUUAAGGUGUAAUCAGCAGGAAAUGGCAACAGAUUGGAUUUGAGGCACAAAGGUGAGGCCAGAAUAAAAGAUAACAUCAAGACAGCAAGCUUGCAAGGACGGGCUGAAGUGGGUACCAUCAUCUUGUAGGGAGAGCAAAAGAGAAGGAUUAGUAUUUUGAGGAGGAAAAAUAAGAAGCUCUGUUUUAGAGAGAUUGAGUUUCAGAAAGCAGGAGGACAUCCAAUCAGAGAUGAGGGGAAAAAAGGCAAGCGGCGGCGGGUUCUAGGAGAGUGGGGGGAGAGAUCAAGAGAUAUAACUGGCUGUCAGUGACAUGCAGAUGGUGGCAGAAUCCAAAGGAAUUAAUAAAUUGCCAAGAGACAGUGUAAAGAGAAAACAAAAGGGGACCAAGAAUCGAGGAGGGACCAAGGUUUGGAGAGAAAUCACCAGCUGUCAGGAGCAGAGGAAUAGAAUGGGGGAGAAGGUGGGAGUAAGAUUUAAAUUUUUGGGGUGAUGGCUUUGGAUGGAGCUGGUAGAGAAAGGGUGCAUAUGUUUGGGGAAAUGGCAUGGAGUGGGGAGGAAAAUAAAGCAGGGGCAAUAAAGAUUGUGUCAGCAGGAACCAGUAAGCAGAAAGAUAGAGAUUUUAGCAAUGACAGAAGUGAGGGUAAAAAUGAAAAAUAGAAGGGAGAACAUGAUUAGGAGAAUAGAGAGUUUAUAUUAGAGAUGUGAAGAUUGGAUGGAAGAAUUGGUACCAUAGGAUAGAGUGGAUGAUUGAAGGGUUAAAAGGCAUACACUAUGUAUGCAACUAUGCAUCAUGAAAAUCACAUUACUGUAUGACAGAUUGGAAAUAAGACCAAAUUUUUCAUGAUAUCCACACAUUUGCAGAAUUAUUAACUAAAUUGGGAAUUAAAACUGAAUUUCAAAUUUAAAGACUAAAAUAUCCAAACUGAAAAUUUUUUUUUAAGCCAGCUAUGAUUCCAGUUCAGCUACGUUGGACUUCAUAUGAAAAUCACUUAGAAUUCACUUUGAAUUCUCAGUUUAGUAAAUAACCCUAUUAAUCUGACAAGUACAAUCCUUGCCAGGGAUUUCAGUAGAGCUACUUGUAGACAUUGUCUGCGUGGAACCAUGACGUCAACAUGCUUAUUAUUUGCAAAUCAGUGGCAUAAAGUAAGGCAUUAUGAGACUAGCGCUGUGCAAAAAAUGUCUGUCUAGUCACAGAUAAUUAAAACGUAGUUUACAUGAUUAUGGCUCCCUGAGACAGUACACCUGUUUUUACAGUUUUGCCAAAUGUAUUUUAAGCUGUAACUCGCUUAGGGUGUAAAUGUAGGAGUAAGAUCGUGAAUUGUGUUGUGUCCAGGAUCAUUUAAUAUUCCAUGUGUCAGUCACCAGAGGUUAAUUCGCCAGGAAUUGUGGAGAACUGUAAAGCCAUAUUUGACAAAUAACCUAAUACAGCUGGAUUUCCAGCAUGGCUAUUUGGGUUUAAAAGUUCAUAUUCCUUUUUCAAUUUUCAAGAAUUCACAGUUUAAUAAAGACCUGAGUUUGCCUACCCACUUUGCACUGUACCAACUUUUAUAGCUUUUGUAGUUUUCUUUAAUUCUUCAGGAUUAUUUUUAAGGUUUUCUUUUAGUUUUUUUUACAUUUGGUUUAUUUUUAAUUGUUAUAUAUAUAUAUAUAUAUAUAUAUAUAUAUAUAUAUAUAAUUUUUUUUUAUUUUUUUUACAGAUAAAGAUCAAGAUCUCUAGUUGAUGAGUGCAUGUUAUUUUUAAUUAUUUUAUUUUUUACAAGUACUUUUACAGGGAGGCAGAAUGUAACAACAAUUGUGUUUAACAAAAAUUAAGGGGAAGGUAUUAAGGUGGAAUAGGUGGCCAGGGGAUAAGGGUUAGAGGUAAAAAGCUUGGGAACACUUAAGCCCUAGCUGUAUCGGACCAGAGGACUUGAAAAUCCACUCGAUAUCCAGUGUAAUCUUUGGGCAUUGAGGUUUUGGAAUCUAGUAACCCAAACUGUAUGUUUGUGUACACGUGCUUGUGUGUGUGUUUUAUUCACGGAACCCACCCCAUGGUUAUUCUUGUUAACAUGGUUUUAAUUUUGUUUGGUGUGUACUAGAUGAGUGAGAAGUGCCCCAUAGGUUUUUUUUUUUUUUUAAUGUAAUGUUUGUGGCUGUGGAUAGUGACAGUGUUUUUGCUGCUAUACGAGGCUACUUCAACAGUAUUUUGUCCUGGCAUCCUACUGACACAACACAAGCUUUGUGAUGUAUUCUUACAAAUUCAUCAACUCACUUCGAUCUCAGUGAACUGAGAAAAUGAUGCAGAAAAACAGUGAUCACUUUGUAUUUGACUGUUGAAUACAUAUUGCAAAGGCUGUCUGCUUAACAUGGUAAUCCGCGAUUGAGUCUGUACAGCCCAUUAUUCUUUCUUAGGCGAAACCAUAGAUCUACUGAAAGACUUGAAGGUUGGUCCCUGUUAACAUCUCAGUCCAUAUAACAUUCCUUAUUGGAUGAAUCUGGAAAUGAUUCUUCUAGUUAGAACUCGUGUCCUAAAAGAUCUAAUCUCCCUCCCCGUAUGCAAACAAUUUUCAUUUUACUUGACCGUAUAAUUAUUAAUUUAUUUUCAGGUGGGGACCAGGGUUUGCUCAACACAUUUUUCAGUAGUUGGGCAACGAAAGAUAUCCACAAGCAUCUACCGUUUGUUUACAACUUGAGCAGUAUUUCCAUAUAUUCCUACCUCCCAGCAUUUAAAGCGUAAGUAAUUGGUUAAAAUCUGUUCAGUUUUUGAGCAAUAACCUGUUGUCCUGCAAUUGUCGCCCCACUCAGAUAUAAAAUGUAAUAGAAUGUACAGAGCAUCUCCAGUCAUGAGUCCAGUCACAUGAAAAUUCCAUUCACUCUCACAGCAACAUCAAGUUACUAGGGUCUCAUUGCAACUGCUAAUCUGAGCGCUACUAAGGUUGGCUGCUGAUCAACUUGUGGUAAUGUCAUUCUUUUCUGUCAUGUUUAAAUAUAGAGGGCUUUCAUGGCUCUUUGCUGCAACUGUGGGUCAAAAGUGGACAGAUUGACAUGUAAAGCAGCAAUCAAUUUGCUACGAGUUACAUGAGUAAGUUAGUAUUAUACGGGUCAGUCUUCCAUUGUUAGCAGGCUUACGAUGCAAAUGGAAUUGAAUACAAUGACCAACUCCUAAAGGUACUGUACUAUUACAAUGUUAUAGAAGCAUCAGACUUUUUAUUUUUUUUUACAAAAAACUAUUAAGGAAGAAUAAGAACUCAUAUUUAGAUCAGUUAUUUAGAGUUGUUGCAUGUUUUAAAGGUUUUUUUUUAAUUUAUUUUUUUGUUAAACAAUGCACUUUUGUGAGGAGAAGAUGAAAAUAACAUGGGCAUUGUAUGGCAUUGCUGGUGUGGGAAGUAUUACGAUAUUUUAUUUUGCGGUUUAUUUUUUGUUUGUUUAGAACUGGCACAGAUGGAUGAGGCUACUCCAUGCCUAGGUUUAAUAUAGCUAGAGUUAUGGAUGGUAUCCCUUAGCAAUGUAUUUAAGGGGUUUCAUAUUAGUGAAACGGGGAAUCUGUAUCUUCUUUGUACUAAAACUGUCUGCUGCAACGUGGUUUUAAUGGAAGCAAAUGGGUACAUGUUAUGUUACCCAUACCCUGAUGCCAGUAGGCUGUGGCAGUAGGAGGGUUAAUAGGGCCCCUCGUUGUUAAUAAGGGUAUUAGCCAACACAUCACUAUUAACAACCUGAUUUCAGAGCAGUAAGUUUCCUACAUGAUCUAAAGGAACACUAUGGUAUUGCGUUUACAGACCUGUAGUCCUAAUGCUGGGGUGUUCUUCUCUUAGUUUAAAGUCCUCCCCUCAAUCUAAAUAAAAAUUGGGAAAAAAGGGUUUCAAUCGUGAUUUUUUUUUAUUUUUUUUAAGAGCUCAAUACACGUCCAGCGAUUAUGGUUUGAGACCAAUCACCAAUUUUGACACACAGCUAUAUUUUUCCUACUUUCCACAAUCAACUGAACACUCCCUUUAAACUUUGGGGUUGCUUGCUGAUUUUGACAGACCUUUUUUUUCAUUAAUCUGUCCCAUCCAGGUGCAAAAUUAUUUUAACCUGGUAGCAUUUGAAUCAUUCUGGCCUCAAACAAAUCUAAAUUGAUGUAACCUAAGACAUUUGCUUCUGUUAUUCAUAAUCAGUUGGGGUCCUGUUUGAUGUACCGUGGCUGUGAAAACCUGAAGCAUAUGUGUUGCAUGUGUCUGGUCCUCUUUAAACCAUUUCAUGGACCCUUAAGUGCAUUAUUAUUGUUGAAUUGACACCGGCUUCUUGUCUAGUAUUUUGAUCUUGACAUCUGGUUUGCCUGACACAGCUCAUGUCCUGAUUAAUGAUUUGACUUCCCCUUAUCAGCUUGUUAUCUACACUCUAGUCAUUGGUCCUGAUACUUCAUAUUUCUUGCUAAGUGUUAAGCCUGGCCACUCUAAGGUCCAUUAAUACACCUAGCUAUCUUUUUCCUCUGUGCCUCUGGUAGGUCUCUGACUCAGGAUCCUUACAGUUUCCUUACACUUUGUUUAUAAGAAACUCUUUUUACUUGUCACCUGCUUGAACAUCUGAUUUAGUAAUGGAUGAAUGUAUUGUGCACGUUUCAUGCUUUUCUCAGCACCUGUACAGUUUUCUUUUUGUAAUGCUUACCUCCUGACAGUCAUUGCUAAGUUCUGGUUAUUAAGGACCUUCCUCAUAUGUGUAUCUAGCUUGUCUUAAAUAAAUAAUAAUUAAGUUUAGUUUUUGAAAUGUAUUUUACAUUUUUCAAUUCAAGUCUUGGUGAAUAACAUGUUGUGUUUUAAAAAGAAUAUCUGCCGAGUCUUGCAUUCAUUGCUUACAUUGAUAGGUUACAUGGUGUCUGGUAUUUUGACUGUCUGACCUAAAGUAUGGUAUUGCACUAAUAAUGAGUUUGUAGGUCUAACUGACUAUUAUUACAUCAUCCAUGAACAUUUUGCCAAGCACUUUCUGUAUUCAUACCUGUCAAUUCCAAACAGCUUGAGGUGAAUAUUUGAUAACACUCACCUUAGCAUGUCCACACAGAACUCCUGUUAAUGUUCUGAGUUGGUAUUUAAACCUCUCACUAAAUGGCGGAAAAUGCACCAGAACUACAAUUAGGUGAUUUACUAACAAUUUAAACAACUAAAAUGUAAUUUAGGAAAAGAACAGUAUAUCUUAGAAAACAGACAUUAGGAUAAAAAGAGGGGCAGAGGGAUUUGGGCCCAACAAAGGGACUGUCAUUGCUAAAUAAGGACACCUGGGACAUAUGAGUGUGCAUUGUGCAUGCCAUGACAAUAUGGUUUAUGAGUACAGUGGUAUUUAUACAAUCUGCAAAUAUAUGUUCAUAUUUAAAUCUACGUUGGAUACUUUAUACAGCUUCAUAUACAAGGCACUUAUUGUACCACUUCAACAAGUAAUGAGCAUGUUACAGGCUCCUGUAUGUGACUGGUAUUAUAUUUGUCCCUCUGGUAAAGGAAUAUUAUACCAUUGGGUUUGUAUCAAAUAAAUAAACUCUGCCUUCUAAAUGGGUUAUGUGCAUUUUCUAGGAAUUGGUGUGCUUGGACUUGGUAGGGGACAGUAGGCUUGUUGUUAACUGCUAUAAAAUGCUUGUUGAUUUGUUAUACAUUUUUCUAAACUAUAGCUAGCUUCUAUGAUAUACUGUGUUGGUUCCUUCCUGCAUAUAAAGGGACCAGUAAUCCAUUGCCAGUAGCUGGAAUGUGCUGUGUAGCCGCUGAUGAAUGAAAGACUUUGUGAUAUACUGAUAACAUUGGCAACAGAACAGAUGUUCUACUCUGUGAGCCUGGCGAUAGUCCAGGGUUCAUUUGACAGGAGUGGUGUUCCACACUGCACAAAGUCUAAAAUCACGGUCCACUUGAGAAUGUUGAGUUGCUAGCAAUACGUUUUCCAGCUGUUCUAUUUAGACUUUCAUUUUUGCAAUCCACCACAAAUUUCUGUCUAGUAAAAAAACAUUUAUGGUGGCCAUUUUGAGGAGGGGAGAGGUAUCUUUACACACAUAAUUUAAAAAUGAGUGCCUAACAUCACAUUACUGUCAGUAGUUACAGCAGUAGAUAAAGUUUGCAUAUAGAAGCAAAAAUCAUUCACCUGGCUUCCGAAAUUUGCUGUUUAUUUUGUCUAUUUAUGUCAAUAAAAAAAAAAAAACUUAAUUCUUCUAAAAUGUGUUCUCUGUUCAGGUUUGGAGGUAACGCUAAGGUGGUCCACUUCCUGGGUAAAGUAAAGCCAUGGAAUUAUACAUAUGACUGCAAAACCAAGACUGUGAAAAGUAGCUCGCAUGACCAAACACAAACUGAACCAGAAUUCCUUUCCCUCUGGUGGAAUAUCUACUCCACUCAAGUCUUGCCGUUACUUACAGAACAUGGAGUGGUUAAAGAUACUGCAACAGGCCUGAAAGCGGUAUGUAUGUGGUCCAGGUGUUAUCAUCACAUAGGUUAAUUAAGAAAAAGUGCUUCCCUUCUAUUGAAGUGCACCUGGCUAGCAAAUAUGGCCUAGUUGUACUUCUUAUUACAAUCUUCUAUAUGUUGUGCCAGUAAAAUUGCUAAAAUGUAUUUGAAAGUUCAGUUUAUUGCUCUUUUGUUGGUAUAGAGCAGGGGUGCCCAAAAGGUAGAUCCCCCAGAUGUUCCAUGAUACUUUGUCAUUCUAAAGCAUUCUAAAGGCUGCAACGUUUCAUGGGAGUUGUAGUUCUACAUCUUGGAAUGUACCUUUUGGGCACCCUUGGUAUAGAGAAAUAGCACUUGCAGGUCAUGUGCACCACUAUGAGCAGUUCCAUGAUGCUAACUGCUGUAUCCCAUAAUGCAAUGUGCACAGCUUUGCACUUUGCAUUUUGGCACUAUACAUAUCUAUAGCUGAGACCAGGAAGCACAUUUGAUAUAUACAUUUAUGCACAGUAUAGAUUUAAUUUUCUGUUAAAUAAAAUCUGUUUAGCUGUGUCACUUGCAGAGUGCCCUUAAUUUCAAGUUUGAUGCUUAAAGCAACACUUUCAUUUUUUCUUCCUUUCUGUUUUCCUUUUCUAAAACCUUUUUGUACUUUAAACAUUAUACUAACCACUUGUCCUUUCUAUAUCUAUUAUCGGAUCUUCCUUGUGCUGGAUUUCAGUAUCUGGGAGCUGCCAUGAUGUUCUCCUGUGUCCAUGAUAUUUGUAGUUUAUGUACAACUAAAAACCUAAACAAAACCCCAGGGAAAACAGAAGAGCAAAACUAUUUUAAAGACAAAACCUAGAAAAUGAGAGUGCUGCUUUAAAUACUCCUGGUCAUGUGCCAAACUACACAUCCCAUGAAUCCCUGCCAGUUCUUGUUUUUUUGUUUUUUUUUCACUGGAGCAUAGGUUUUGCAGUCAGUUAACAGCAAGAGGGUCUUUUUUUAAUAUCCCUGCCAAGGGCUUGCUUUCUCUUUACUGUUUUCUAAUUGUGGCUCAACCUUUGACCUUUAAUGCUUGGCUAAAAUAAAUAGGUCAGUGAUAUAGUAAAAAUGUUUAACCAUGGUGUGAUGGGCUGUGGGACUAUCAUAGUACAGUACCAGUAUAUUUAGUUUAGUUUUAAGAACAAGUUUUUAAGACGUUUUAAACAUACCUUUUAUUUCUUUCCCCGAAUGAUUCCAGUUGUCUAUUUUGUGUCCGCAUAUUUUGAGUCGGAUCAUAUAUCACUGUUCCUCAAGUGGGUGGUAUGCAUUCACACUGUCAUCCAGUCUCUGAUUAGCUAUCUAGUAUGGAAAGAAUAAAGUACCUGUAUUUAUUGAUAGAUGUAUUAAUUCUUUAAAGUUGAUACUUUUCUGAAAGAACGAGCAGUACUGAUUGAGUAUGCGAUAUCUUUCAGAUACUAUAAACUAGUUGGAUCCAGGUUUUUCAGUCAUUUAUGUUUUCUUGCACCAAUCACAAGUUGUGUUAAUUAAAGAGGAACUGCCUCUUACACCAGCCAACACUAUAAGGUGAGGAAUGCAAUAGAGGUAAAUAUAAAGCACAUUCCACACUAUACCAUGGGGUAUGUUAUUACACCAUCAAGCUCCGGUUGUACUCAUGCAUCUCCUUAGAUAUCAUAGGAGUUCAGGCAUUCUUCUUCGUAGUGCUAUAUGCACACAGUACCAUUGUGGUUCAUUAAAUACUGAAUUAUAUGCUUGUUUUCCUUUUUUUCACAACAAACAACUCUGACAGCGUAUCAAAUUAGGAUUACUGUCAUGCACAAAGAAUGAGGAGAUGGUGAAUGCUUAAAUUGUACUUUCACACCACCCUUCUACACGUUGAGCUAUUCAGAGAAAAUAUUAGACAUGUGCAAUUCGUUUCAUUCCGAAUGUAAUAUCGCCGAAAUUCAGACAUUCGAAGUGCCGAACCGAAUCGAAUUGCCAAAGUGCAGAAUUUCGAAAGUGCCGAAGUACUGAAAAGUGUCAAAACAAGAGAGGGAGGGAAAAUUACAUGAAUGAUGACAGGAAUCUAACCCUAACCCUACCCCCACCCCUAACCCUAGAUGUGUAAGUGGUUGUGGUGGUUAGGAAUAGGGUUAGGGAAUUGUCAAAGUCCUGAAGUGCUGAACUGAAUUUUUUUGCCCAUGCACAUCCCUAGAAAAUAUUAGAGGUAGAUCACAAAAUCUAUUUAAAUUUCUGAAACCACUUCCAAAUUGAUCCAAGCAGUUAAAUUUAAUUCCACCCAAAUCAAUCAAAAUAAGCAUUCAAAAAUAGAUAACUACUCCAAAGUAAAAUAAAUAAGAACCAGCGGAAACCCAUAUCAUUCGAUAACCAGCAGAUGGCCAGCAAUAUGGUACAUCUCUUUCUUGUAAAUGAUGGGUGAUGAUGAGCUCAUCGUUUUUCUCCUCUAUCCUGAGUUGCCAAGAAAGAUUAUUGAUUUACAGACAAUGUUAACAGGAAGGAUUCUGUGAUUUCUUUUAAUUCCCAUACUGGGGAGCACAUACAUAUAUUAUGAAACACAUACAGUAUAUUUUAUAAACUAAAUAAAAAUCAGGUGACCAGAGUACCGCCUAUGCCUCUAGGGGACCAGCACAGUUAUUCCUGUUAUCUCCUCACUUGAUAUCAGGAGUAUGAGGAGUUACUAAAGGGGUGGUUUAAGCACUAGAGCUACUACAGCCACUACUAAAAAUAGGGACAAUAUUGAUAUUGUUAAUGGGGAUACUUCUGCUUUAGCUAUAUCUGAAGAGAGGCCAGACUGCUGCUGAUUUGGGGACCCAGUUAAGUGUCUAAUCAAAACUUAUUUGACUCUUACCAGGGGUACAGCACCAUAACUUCUAGAGUGAGCUGUAGUGCUUAUAUUACAUCUUUACAUAAUUACCAGGAUUCAGCAAAUCACAUUACCCCACUGUUUAAAAUGCUGUGAAGGAAGAAGGAACGCAUCACGACAUUUGGAACUGUUGACUGAUGGUUUUAAAUCAUUGGCAUUUUUGUUAACAUAGAAAUAAUGCUCUGAAUUGAAAUUAUUCUGACACAGUAAAAGAGCUAUAUGACUGGCUCGUGUUACAGCUUUGACACAGGUAUGGAUGUGCUCUAUUACAACUCUAGUAACCUCUUGACACCAGUCUUUCGGUUAACUAGAUCUUGUUUGUGUUUGUGGUCUGGGCUUUAUAAAUUUUUCUAUUGACUGGGAAAAUGUUAUGGAAGAAGUCCUGUGUACCUACAUAUAUUGGGAGGAAGUAGGAACAAUACAGUGUUUAAUAGUUCCAUGUGAGAACUAUUUGUGAGAGCAGAGGUAGGUGGUGCUAUUUGAUGUCAGAUAUCUGAACACCCCCCCACCCCAAAGCACAGUACUUUAGGGUGGGGAAUGGGAGGGGGGGAGAUGGUCUAUAAAUGUAUUACAGUCGGUUCUUAAAGCAUAUAACCACUACAGCUUGCUAUAGUACCCUGGCCUUGUUCCCCAGUACAGAAAACCGGUUAGCAACAGUUUGCCCCUUACCAAUUUCCCGCAGGGCUCCGAAGCUUCCUAGUGGUCCAGUGAUGUGCUUUUGGCUUCUGCAAAGAUGCAAAAGCCGGAAGCCAUGUCAAUCGCCAUACAUUGGCUGAGAGUGUCAAAUGACCACUCUCAGCACAUGACUGACAUUCUGUACAAUGUAAACAGACACUGGCAGCAGAAUUUUUUUAUUCCUUUAAAGGGGCAGAUUAAGCACCAUAAUACUGACAAUCAGUUGUGAUGGUUAUGGAUCUAGCAUGUUAUGUGCAUCAUGUCAUGGUUCUGUGGCAAACUGUUUGAGUGGUUUCACAAAAACUGGGGGUCACCCAGUCAUCUGUAGCAUAGUCCCUUGCUUGACUGUUAGUACAGAAUUUACAAUUUUGCAGUAGGAAUAUCAGUUUCAGCCAUAUUUGGACAGUACCGAUGGGCUUAGAGUUUCACAUUUAAUUAUUACUUUUGAAUGUUAAUUGCUUUCUAUUAACUAAUAGAAGGGUGUCCUGUAUGUAACCCAUGUACCAACUCAAGAAGAAUCAUUGAAUGUAACAGUGCUUCAUGAGGAUAUUGCUUUGGGCAUUGAGCUGUUUGUGUUAGAUCGUAUAACUUGAAAUAGAACCUGCUUAAUUCCAUACUCUAUUCUAUUUCUCAUUUAGCCACUUGUGGUCAGUACUAUAAACCUUCUAAUUGUAUUGAAAACGCAUAUUUUCAUGAGUGAUCAAAGAGAGCACUACAAAACAAAAAAUGGUUUCUAUACAGAUGUAUUUUGUCUAGACCACAUAUAUUACACUGAAGUUGUCCGAACGCUUUUCAACUGUUUAACCAUAAUGUCAGCAGAAUCCAUUAACCAACUGACCAGUUUAUGUUUAUUUAAUAUCUGAAAUACCCUUCCUGCAUUACUUUUUUAAAGCGAAUAUUUUGCAUCAAUGUGGCUUGGCGUUCGAGCUGUAAUAGUCAAUGGCUUGCCCAUAUUGGACUUUAAAUUAAUAGCCUUGUUUGUAUACAAGGCUCGGCGCAGCAGCAUACGCAUAAGCUGUAUUUCAUGAUAAAAUCUAGCAUGCAGGUCUCCGGGGCAAAACGUAUCUUUCAGUGUAAGUGUUGGCUUUCUCUUAACUGUCUUAAACUGUUCACAGCUAUCGGGGUUGGUCUAUUCACUGGCUUUCUCUUGUCGCUUCUGUAGAGAGGUAUGAAGAACUUAAACCUUUUCAUCCCUAUGUACAACUUGCAAAUUUCAUUGUAGCUUUGUAAUUUUUUGCUCUUUUUACUUUGUCCUGCUGGUUCAUGUUUUUUUAUUUUAUUAUUUUUUUUUUUGUUCUGCUUUGCCUGCUUAUUUGCAUGGGAGCUAUCAUUAGUUUCCUCAUUUUAAACUACUCCUUGGUCGCUGUGAACUAUAACACAUGGCUUUUCUUUGAUUGCUCCAGGAGGAAAUUACAGAAUCUGUGGAACAUAUGUCCAUAGCACCUACUCACCCAACUAUAUCGUCAGAAGAGCGCAGGGAACGAUGGGAACAAGGGCAGGUUGACUACAUGGGUGAAGAUUCCUAUGAAAACAUCAGGAAGAAGCUAGAUUCUUAUCUCCAGUAGAAUUCUCCUCAUGCACAACAACUGAAGACACAAGGACCUGUUAAAGAACUGUUUGACAUCUAGGAUUGUGUUCUACCACAUUGUUUACUAAACUGCUAGAAGCUUUACUAAAACUUAAGAUGGUGGGUUUCCAUCUCUAUCAGUAAUACAAAUUAUGCAUUCUCUGUUACAAGCCUGGUUUGUGCCAUUUUAGAUACUAGCCAAAAGGGUCACUUGACUUUCAGCAAUCUGUUUAUUGUUUUUAAAACUUAACCGGCAUCAGCUGGUUAUUUUAACCCAGACCUCAAGUUAAAGGCCCACCUUGCUUGAUCAACUGAUGCCAUUUUCCAUGAUCCUCUUUAUGGAUUAUCAAGGCUUUGUAUGCAAUAUAAGUUUGCAUAUCCUGCAGUGGUACCCACGGAAAUUUGCCUUUUCAUCCACUCAGGUGCAAACUUGCUUAGCGUCAAACUGUUUCUGACCUUACACUCCUGAUCCUAAUGCUGGACUUCUACCAGUUAAUUGAAGUGCACUGUAAACACACCUUGGAAUGCUUCUUGUUUUGUUCUGUACCGUACCCCAGGAGGCUAUUGUAAUGCAUUGACUGAAGUAACUAAUAUGGAACUUCAGGAGGAAAAUAAAACUGAUAAUGUUCAGUAUCACUUGCUUGAAUUCUAUGGCAGUUCAAUAUGAAGAGAUGUUAAAAGAUCAAAUACUUACACAGGCUGCCUAUAAAGUAGGUAACUUAAAUAUCCGCUCAGUACAUCAGCUUUAACAUUUAGUGUGUAGAUUAUUCUUGUCCACUUUGUAGCUAGAACUUAAUUGUAAUGAACUGGCAGAAAAAGUAAGUGAAAGAUGGCAAAAUAAAAAUAUUGAGUGGAAAUAUUUGCAACCGUCUUGCAAAUAUUAGACCAAAUUAAGAAAAAAAUGUUUCUUUUAGUAUAUUGUUAGAAAUUUUCCAAUAUGGGAAAAUGUUCCAGCUCUAUUUUAGCCAAUGUUUUGCAAGAUGGUUGUCAAUUUUCCAAUUAGUUUUUUAGUGAAUACAAGCCACUCAAACACAGAUAUAGGAGACUGGAAGGCCACUGUUACAGUAGCACAUUCCUCAAACAUUACUGCUGUACUGAAUAUUUUCAGGUAUUUACUAAUGUGAAUUGUCUGGAAUUCAAGUUGGAUUUCAAAUUUUAGGCAAACAAAAAAGCUGAAAUAAAAAUUUAGUUGGCUUGGAUAAUAUUUCCAAUUCAGUUACAAUGAAUUACAUUUCACGCUUUAAUGAAUAACCUUUAUCAAUUAGGCUGUUAAAAUUACUCAAAAGUGCCCUGAAUGUUGAAACAUUAAAGAUGACAAUAAACAGACUACACAUUUUCUUCAACUUGCAUCAUAAUUGAAGGGAUGUACUGUAAACCUCUCUGUGAGGUUGAAAGAAAUACAAACCUGUCUAAAUGGUUAAUGUCAAAGAGAUUUAUUUGUAAGCAUAUUUAUCAAUAAAUAUUUGAACAUAACAUUUUAAGUCCUUCAUGUAGCGUCAAGACUCUGCAAAAAAUAAAACUCCAUUUCAAUUCAAACAAAAAUGUUAAAAAGUGCAUGUGUGUAUCAGUUUGUAUUCUGUCUUUUCACCCUCCAAUUAAAAGUGUAUUUAAAAUGGUCCUAACGUUUAAGAUACUCUCACAUGCAAAGACAAAGCAAAUUAACUCAUACUUACAAAGAUCCAAUGUAAUGUACAAUAUAAUACAAUACGUGGGAAAAUAUCAAUGUUGUGGUGAGACCAGCGGUGUUGGAUGAAUUAAGAUUUAUUUCACUAUUUUAAUUUCCACAGGGAAGCCAUUUUUUUAAAUGGUACCUGGAACACUAAUGUAAUAAAUGCAUGUAUUUAAAAUGUUUUUUUUAUUAUUUUAAGGAGUUAGCACAGGCACCAUGACCACUGGAGUGUUUGAAGUGGUAAUGGUGCAAGGACUGUAUGUGCACAGUCUCUGUAAUAAGUACUGCACAUAUUGAGAAAUCUGAUGAAACUGACGGAUGUGUAGUAAAUCCAUCUCUGUCAGCAUUAUUAGCUAGCUGGUACGAGAGUUCUGGGCUGGCUAAUGUUAAAUAUGUGCAUAAAAAAAACAUUCAGUGUCCGCAAGCAUUACAUAGUGGUGAUGGAUCUCCAAUUCUGGCACUGUCCUCCCUACCGUGCUGCCCUAACACUUCUCUCUAUGAUAACCUUCUUGUAGUGAGGAAGAGUGACAUCAUGGAAGGAGGAUCAGGCUAGACUGUAAAAAUAAAAUAUCAAAUAGACACAAGUAUAACGGAGCUUCAGAAUUAUAAAUAUUACCUUUCCACAAAGGAGAAAAACAAAGUAAGUUUAAGUGUCCUGAAAUUCUGCAAGUUACACUGAUCAGCCACAACAUUAAAACCACCUAUCCUUUAGGUCCUCUUCCUGCUUCCAAAACCGCUCUAUUGCACCAAGGCAUGGACUCCACAAGAACUCUGGAUGUGUCCAGUGGUGUCUGGAACCAAGACAGCAUCAGAUCCUUUUAAGUCCUGCAGGUUGCGAGGUGGGGCCUCAAUGGAUUGGAUUGAGAUCUGGAGAAUUUGGUGGCCAAACCAUUCCUGACCAAAUAUCUGAACAACUGGUGCAAAUUUGUGCUGAUCAAAUUGCAAUCGGAAUUCGCUUUAGCAAAUAUGAUAAUUGCCACUGCGGUCAGAAUUAUGCCAUUUUCAACAGUGUUUAGUGAAUAGUCCGGCAUAUGCAUUUCACCCAACUAUGGACAAGCUGGCAAAGUGUCUGGGAUUAGAAAACAUGAAAUAUGGACAAAACUGAUAUUGCCAGCCAGGAAUGGAGUAUUCCAGCUGCUUAUUGAACGCCCAGGGAGGAAGCCUUACAAAAUACCUUUACAAAAAAGGUAUUUAUCUCUUAAGAUUAAAUGGUUGUGUUUAGAGUGCAUCUUUAAUAGGUAAUGGUAUUUGCAUGUGCGUUGAUUGUUGAUUAUUUUGUUUAAUUUAGUUUAUAACAGCAACAGAUAAUCUUAAUGUUUUGGAUGUCGAAUCAUUUUAACAAGACCAUCGUUUUUACAAACACACUCUUAAGCAACACAGCUUGAGAAACAUUAAGAACUGAUAUACAGUCAUACAUUUGCAAUAUUAAGUCAUGUAAAAGUAUAAAAUAUAGACAAAAUAUUAUCUUCACGGUAUUGGCUAAUAUUCUUUUCCCUACUCCAUCCUGGAGUUAUGACUCAAUAGGUGCUAAAGCAUGUGACAUUUUGUUUAGGGGAACCUCAAUAGUAAGGAGUAAUGCUGAAAUAAAAUCCACUGAUACUAGUCUAUAUUAAACUACUGUAUAAGCAAGAAAAAAAUUGUUAUUUAAGGCAAUUAAUUUAAGUAAUUAAAAAAGAAAUUAAGUGUAAUUAUCCAGCUGACCUAAUGUGCAAUGACCUUUUAUGGGGGAUUUGAAGACACUGGAUGUCCUCAUGCAAAGUGUGAGGAUGCCCGAUGUUGUUCAAACUCUCUGAAACAGCAGAUAUUGCCUCUAAUGACUGUCUAGAUGCAUUCUUAGCCCUGCGAUAUAAACCUUGGAAACUGCAAUGUUUUAUAUUGCAAGAUUUAUGGGGGCAGGGAUGAAGAUGUGUGACUUGUCUGGGUGCCUAUAGAGUCCAUCUCAGAAACUCCUUCUUGGCUUUCAAUUGGACAGCUGCAUAGUUUUACCUUCCAUUAGCUUUCUGUGGAGCUAACAGAAGUAGUAGACACACCUCUCUUCUCUCCCAAGUCCAAGUGUGCCAGCCGGCGCAUGCCCACUUCAGUGGACUCCAUGGCUUACAGCUUCAAUACUCUGAUUUGAGUAUUCGUCCGCACAGACUGAAAGUCUGCUGUAAAGAGCACGUAUGCAGCUUUUGCAAGCUGUUCUUAGACAAAAUCCCAAUGAAAAAAAAAUGCUGCAAUACCUGUACUGGAGGUUUGGUAGACUUGGAUACUGAUUUCAGGCACAUAAAGCACUGUACAAAUGCAGAAGCAGACAGUAGCUGAGAAUCUCACAUAAAAUGGGACAUUUACAAGGAAGGGAGGGAAGAGACCAUGAGAUGGGUCCUCUGGAUAUGCACAGAAAUACAUUGAUAUAAAAAAGUGGGAUAAGAAAAAAAAUGGAUGGAGCAAGUAAUAAGGGCCUGAUGUGCAAAUAGGAGCUUACAUUCCAAGUAAGAAGAGAACUGGUAUUCUCAGUGAGGAGGCUGGGGACCGAUAUUGAGGUUACUGAGUGUGUGAGAGUUGUUUACAUAUACAGAAUGCACGGAGAGUGCAUUUCGAGACAGCACUGAUAGGAGUUAGAGAUUUAAGAAUGGUAGAAGGGACAGAGAAAUAAACAAAUAGAAGGUAGAGGACUUUAGAAAACAAUGGAAGCUUCUAUAGAAAGGAUGUUAUGAUAUGACGAAGUCUAGGCGAGAUGAGGCAGACGGCAGCUUUACAUAGACAGAAUUAACUGAUAUGGACAGGGGACUGAAACGCAAUAAGAAAAGAAAGGAGAACAAAUAGAGAGAUGCAGGAACUUAACCGGCAAGAGGGGAAAGCGAACGUCUGAAAAUGGAAAGAUGAAGUAAAAAAAUAGUGAGCACAAAAUGUGUCAGGCACUUUUAAUUCUGCUACUUGAUAUAUGCAUAAGAUGUAAAGCAUUGCUUUAGAGAGUCAGUAAUUUUUUUUGUUUAAAAGGACCACUAUAGUGCCAGGAGAACAAACUUGUUUUCCUGGCACUAUGUAGUCCUUAGGUCCCCCCUCCCGCUGGGCUGACGUGGUGUGGGUGCCUAUAGUGGUCCUUUAAUCUUAGCUUGCUGUGUCCGAACCAUCACUGGCAGAAAUGUUAGCAUGCAUCUCCUACUAGGAAAGUAAAUAAAUACCUGGGGGGUAAAAACAAACAAAAUUAGUGGGUAAAUUCAAAAACCACAAACAAGCAAAUUUUAGUGGAGGAAGUUCAGCAUUACAUUGUCAUGGGUAUUAAUUAGUGAUUUUGGGCUGUUAACAGAUUAUCGGCAAGUUGGGUUUUUUUUUCCAUUCCUUUUUUUUAUUAUUCAAUGGUGAACUUAGUAUAUUUUUUUAAAGACAAACUCUUUAAAAUGUUAUGAAAAAUACAUCUUUCUGUAGAAAUACAUUUGGAUAAAAGUUUUGUUGACUCUUCACAAAUCCACAAGGGUUCUUAUUUCAGCAAUUCUGGCCUGUUUCAUUUCAUUAGAGGUUGGCUUCUUUGUUCCAAAAGCCCCAGCAGCGAGUUCUCUUUUUUUAUCCUGAAUUUUUAGCAUAUUUUCUUCAACAGAAUCCUUAACAACAAACU